GAUUACCCAGCGGGCCCUUGUGCGGCGCAGGCGCACCGAGGAGGCAGCUCAGGAAGAGGAAAAUGGAAUAAACAACCCCGCCGCCGGACCAUCAAUCAGCCUGGCCGAGGGCCCAGCUUCCCGCGUCCGCCGCGGGCCCAUCCCUCGCCUCGGACUCCUCGGCGGGCUCGCCCGACCCACUUGAGAGAAGCGCCCGCGGCCCUCUCGGCGCGCCCUUGCCCGCCUGCGACGCUCCCCCGCCGACGCCGGAACUCGGGGCUGUGACAGCGGCGACCGGACCCGGGCUGCCGCCGCCGCCCGCCUCUCCCCCGAUGGUGCUGCGGCCGGCAGCGGCGGUGCCUCCGGAGGCGGCCUCGGCCCUGCCCGCGCUGCUGUAGCGGCCGCCAUGAACAGCGGCGGGAUCCCUUGCUCCUCCCCGGUGGUGGCGGCUGCCGCGGCGGCGGUGGCGGCUGCGGCGGUGGGGCCGCCCCCCGGGCCGGCGGCCGCGGCGGCUCCCGUCGGGGUGAAGCUGAAGUUCUGCCGCUACUACGCGAAGGACAAGACGUGCUUCUACGGCGAGGAGUGCCAGUUCCUGCACGAGGAGCCCGGCGGAGCUUCGGCCGCCUGCCCUGGGCCUCCGCCCCCUGUGGCCCUCGGCGGGCUCCCGCUCGGGCUCCCUCCGGGCCCCGCUGCCCCGGCCGUGGCCGCCUCGCCCGGGCACGUCGGCGGCUACUCCGGGCAUGGGGCAGCGGCGCCCGUGGCGGGGCCUAAGAAACCCCCCGAGCUCUUGGGAGGAGGCGCAGGAUGCGGCCACGGCGGAGCAGGCGGCGGAGCGGGGCUGGACGGGCCCCGGCUGGCCAGUGAGUGCGGGGCGACGGGGAGCAUCGAGGCGGGGAGGGAGGGAGGGAGGGACCGGGAAAGGCUCCAGGUGAGUCUCUGGCCCCAGGCCCAGGCCCCACGGCCUUCCCACCGAGGAGCCAGGGCUGUGUCAGUCGAGAUGCUCGGGAAGAGGUGGGCGUUAGGAGGGUGGCUCACCGAGGCCGUUUCCCUGCUUCCCCUGAGGGAUUGGAAACCUUCGACGUGUGAGGCAAAAUGUGUUGAAAACGGGAGAGGGCGAAGCUCUUUAAUGCUGCUCCUUCGCCCGCAUGGCAGGUAGAGUAAGGGAGGGUCGCGUGAAUCCUGAUAACAAAUAAUGUGCACAAACAUACACACACACAGAUUCUUGGAAAAAAGUGGCAAAAAGAGGUGUGGUGAGAUAUAUAUAUAAUGGUAAGGAGAUUGGAACUAAGUAUGUUGGUGGGGUGUAUGAUAGAACGACUUAAAAAUAAAACCAACUGCUAAGGAGGAUAAACAGUAAAGCAGUUGUGGGAGACACAAUUUCUUGCCCGUUCAGAAAAUCCAGACAGGAUUGAUAGCUUAGUGCAGCAUCCAUAUGCUCAGAAUCCACCAAGUGUAUCCUGGGUUUGGGUUAGUAAUCCUGGUCUGUCAGUUUUCCCCUGCUUCUAUAAUGUGCUUUUCUUUGUGCUGCAAUGGAGUGGAGUACUGAUUGAGAAUAUAAGUUGUGAGAACUUGACCUGGCUCCCCCGCCACACUCAAAAGCACCGCUAGCUCCUUCUGCAAGUGUUCCAGAUGUGAUGAAACAAACAUUGUCGUAACACCUCAAGUUAUUUGAUGGGAAGAUGCUGCUAAUCAGUCAGCACUAUGUAAAAAUGAAUCAACAGAGCUUGUUGGGAGAUAUUUUGAAGUGUGGCUUGACGACUUGUCAUGCUCUUCCUGUCAACAAAGCUGUAGGUUUCUGUGCUCGCUUCGUGUCAACUUGUGCUUACAGCUCUAGAUUUGAUCAAAUGUUUUAAUGUGAACUCUCAAUCACCUGCAGACUGUUAGAAGAAAUGAAUAAAAGGUAAAUAAAAAUGUUCUGGUUCAAAUUUUCAGAGGAAUAAAUAAAAACAAGAGUUCUGUAGUACCCAUUUUCUCAUGCACACAUUAAACAAAAAGCAGCUGGUACAAAUUUCCCUUUUUGGUAGAAUGUUCAAGAUGAAACAUUCCUAAGGAAAGAAUCUCUGCAAAUAUUUGACUGUCACUAGCAGUGUACCUGUCUAAUUCAAGCAGGGUAGACUGCAGGUAUGACCUGCAGUUACUUACAAUUGCUAGAAUGGUUGCUUAUUUUUAAAAUGGGUAGUUUUACAUGGAUGUUUUUCCCACCGAAAAGUGGCUUUGUGUAUUCAUUUUGCAGUGGAAGCCCACAGAGAACUUAGGUUUGUGAAUCAGUCCAGUACUUGUAUGAUCUAGAGCAGGCUUCCUCAACCUCAGCCCUCCAGAUGUUUUUGGCCUACAACUCCCAUGAUCCCUAGCUAGCAGGACCAGUGGUCAGGGAUGAUUGGAAUUGUAGUCUCAAAACAUCUGGAGGGCCGAGGUUGAGGAAGCUUGAUCUAGAGAGCUGGUGUAGAGACUGAGCUAUGAAGUUCAUGGUUUGAGUGUUGCCUUUGCCAUUGAACUCACCAGGUGGCCUUAAGCAAGCCACUCAGCCUCAGUUGUCUCACCAGCAAUAUGUAUGGUAAUACUGAUCUACCUUACAAAGUUGUAGUAAGGAUAACAACUAAGAUAAUGCAAGUGACUAAUUCUGAACAUUUUAAAAAUGAUGAUUUUUCUUGGGUUGCUGGAAAUGGGAUAGUAGUAUGGCUGCUAAACUGACUUUGAACUCCUUUUUUAGGGUUUGAAUACUGAUUGAUUGCUGCCUUGAGGGGAUUGCAGAAUGGGAUUGUGUUGUGGAAACUGUAGUCAUGUGAAUUGCACCAUUCAUGCGUUCUAGUCUGCUGCCCCAUUUUAUCCCAUAGUUACAUAUUAGAUUCUGCUGACUUGUUUGUGUUACUUCAUCUAAAUAAUAAAGUUUCUAGUUUGCACUCAUCAGGUGUCUUCAUGGUGAUACUCUGCAAAUUGGAUGCAAAAGUGUUUAUCUUAAUUGGACAUAAGCCACACAGUAAGAGAGUUACAAUUUAAGAAAAAUUAGUUGCAUUUUAUUGUAUUGGUUUUUAGUAAGCUAAAGCCAGAGGUUUCCAAUAAUCUACAGAUCUGCUGUCCUAGAGGAAGUUUGGAUGGGGCAGAGGUAUCUUUGGUGACCUCCUCCAGCAAUUAGUACUCUGUUGCACCCACCCAAAUGGAGGUAGUCAGUAGAAACCUGUGAAAUCUGGUAUUUGGGGGGAUAGGCAGGGCUAAGCCACCACAGGAUCUACUGGAUCCUAAGCCAGGCCUGCUGCUGUCAUCUGAUGGCAAUGGGCUUGAUCCAAGCUGCUUCACUGUAGCAGCCUGGAAGCUGCACAACAAAGAGGCAUUUCCAUUUGCACCAUUAAGCCAUGCUAAUGUCAGCCAGGGGUCUGGAUUACAGCCUUAGGUAGGCCACAUGAGCCUAGAAACAAGAAAGCUUGCCAUCUUUUUGUCGUGCAUAGAUAAAGCACAUGACAGCAAUUGGCCAUGUGUUGUGCUGUUGCAAACAAGCCUCUGACCACUAAAGAGAAGCUAUUGCUUUCUAUAUGUUAUAGCCUAUGCCAUGUGAUUCAAAUGCUCUGUGCAGAUUACAUUUCACAUCCGUAAUUGUGUGCUGAAUUCCUACAAAAUUUGCAGCAGCAGUUGUUACUGCAUUACACUGUCUUUUCAGAGAUGCUGAGUUGUCUUGUGCUCAAAAGAGGUCUUGUGCCAAUCAGUUUUUUAGAACAACAACAAAAAAAGCAGUGCUUGAACUUUGGAGCUGAAUUAAGAAAAUAUUAAUAUUAAACAGUGCUCUGAUGCACCUAAAAAUAAUAGUACAAUACCUGGAUCUGGAAUGAAAUUAAUUCUAGCUUUUUAUGUUUAUAUUAUUCAGUACAAUUAUUCAAAUUAAAUGGAUGAUUUCAGAAGACUCAUCUGUGUAUUUAUAGACCAACACCUAUUAAAAUAGUUGCCAAGGGAGAAAUAACCUGAUUUUUUUUUGCAUGCCACCUAAAAAGCAGCUGUUCUGUAUCAUACCAGUUUGUUUAUGAUUUAGUGUCUUUAAGGUUAGUUUUAAUGUAUAUAACAUUUUUAAAAAAUCAACAUGGUUAAUGCUGAAAUAAUAAAAGUUUCUGUUGCUCAAGUGCAGACUGGACAUUAAUAUCUGUUUAAUGAGGUUCACUGAGACCUAAUCUUAUGUACUGUAGAUUCCAGUAUAUAAGACGACUUUUUAAUCCCGGAAAAGAGGUUAAAAGGUCGGGGGUCGUCUUAUACGCCGGGUAUGGGCGGCGGGCUCCACUCCGGGAGAAAGCUUUUUCCCGGAGCGGAGCCCACCGCCCACUGCUGCUGCCCAGCGUAUAAGACUGGGCUUAUAAGACGAACCCCCAAAUUGCAGCUGCCAAUUCGGGGGGUCGUCUAAUACGCCCAGUCACCUAAUACUCCAGAAUCUAUGGUAGCAUGUUUGAAGUAAUUUUUUGGAAGGUGUAACAUUUGAUACUGAGUGCUUUUAAUUACUGAAUCUAAUAUAAUGCUUAUAUAUUAGACUAGAUUGGUACAAAGGAAAAACAAGGAAGCAGGACACAUUCAUUAAAAGUAAUUUUAAAAUGGACUAAUUUUUGUUGCUUUAUGAAAACAAGUUUUAUUGCAGCUGCAAGGUAUUCAAUCAUUUUGAUUACUCUGGUGCAGUUUGAGAAUAUGUUCAAGAUUGCAACCGUAUGUGCAGUUACACUGGAGUAAGUCACAUUGAAAGUUUGGGUCUUCUGUAUAAACGCACAUAUGAUUGUACAGUUUUUGUACUUCUGAUAGAGGUACCAUACCAAGUAUGUGUGACUGUUCAAGUGUGAUUACUUUAGUGAUUGAUGUAUAGUUUCUGUAUAAGUACAGUUUGCUACAUAUUUGGUCACUUGGCCUAAAUACAAGAAAAUAUUGAAUAGUAAGUUGUGAACCGCUCUUGAUCUUCAGAUGAAUGGCAGUAUACAAAUUUAAUAAAUAAUAAUAAAUAAUACAAUGAUGAAUGAAAAAUAUGAUAAUUUAAAUUACUCUAAAUGCUGUAUGAUUUAUUUAAUGGAUAGCAAUGCUAGUGACUAUAGAUUGUAGGUACCCCUGAGUUUUCAGAGUGGGAGGUCUUAUAGUUUGAAUGUAUAUGAAGAUUUGCAUUAAGAGAAAAUCAGUAUUAAUGUAGAGAAAUAAAUAGAAACUGCCUGGUUUUGUUGGGGAAAUGGGGAGGAGCAGAAGAAGGGAUGAUAGAAUUAAAACUGGUAGGCAGAUGGUAGUGUUUUCAGCUGUAUUAACUACUAGAGUAGAUGAGUAGACUUCCUCUGUGAAGACAAUAAUAAUACUUUAGACAGGUUAGUUCAAAUUUUUCAUGGGGCUGACUAAGAUAUCUGAUUGCAAAAGAUAAUUGGAGACUUUAAAGGUUUCUGGGAACAGGAGAUAAUUUAAACCGGCUAGAGAGGUAAAUAUUGUGUUUUUACUUCAGUACCAGUAAGAGAGAGAGCGCACACCUGUUAAAAUACUAGGGCAUUGACUGGAUAAAGCACUGCAAGAAGUAGAGUACUUAUUACUCAUCCUGCAUGGAUGAGUAUUUGGGUCAGUCCAGCUUAUGUGUUUCACUUUCUACUAAAAUUGGUAAGGAGUUAACAGCCACAUCAUUUGUACUCAUUUAUAUGCAGUUAAUUUAAAGCAUCCUAUACCUCUCUUUGUACAGAUGUGAGAAUAAUACAGUAAAUUGAUCUAACUGCUUUUAUGUUUCUGGCAUUUUCCAGCUGGAAUUCUUGAGAACUACUGUGACCUAGUUGCUGCUAAGUGGGUCUCUCCCCUACCCCCCAACGAACUGAACAGAAGCAUAUAGAUAUGGAACAUAUCUCCAGUGUAUGGUGCAGAAUGACUGCUGCAGCACCGUAUCAUUUAGUUUACCUAUCCAUAAAAAAAUCAAUUCGUAACAUAUUUAUGUGUUAUAUAGAAUCAAAUUUAUCUGUACAGUAGAACCUCGACUUACCACCGCCCCUACUCGCGAACAAUUUGACUCGCGACCGUGGCAAACCCGGAAGUAAAUACCGGGUUUGCUGUGAUUCGUGCGUGUGCAGAAGCGGCUUCUGCCAUCUACACAUGCACAGAACGGCGCUGCCGCCAAAUGCGCACAUGCAGAACGGUGCUUCUAUCAGCGACCCAAAUCGACUCACAAACGGACCUCCGGAAUGGAUUCCAUACGUGAGUAGAGGUUCCACUGUAUUAUAUUUGAAGCCUCACUGUUAGCUCCCUACAGCAGUGGUUCACAAACCCCCAACGCCUCAACCACUUAAACAUGGUCAAGGGUGGUCUUGUACUGCUUUUUCUGCUUGUUAUUUAGCAAUUGUAAUGUGCUGUUCUAGACACUGAAGUUGCUGCCUUGGGCCACCUGAAUGAAGCUUACUGACUGUUCAUCUGUGUGCCACAGUUUAGAAACCCCUACCCUACAGUUACUAAGUAAUGCUGGUUUUGGGAGAGGCUCACGCUGCAGUUGUGUAAUACUUCCGAGUACAUGUGCAUUGGACUGAACACUUUACACCUUUAGAUGAAUUCCUUGCACUGCCUUGUCUGUGUUUUACUGGCAAGUAGGCCUUCCAUGGGACUUUCAGAUAUAAGCGGGCCAAUAAUUGCUGUCACAGAUAUUUAGCCCUGAUGCAUAUAUACAGGCAACCCUCCCCCACUUAAGUGGGGGUUAAGUUCCAGGCCCCAACGCGCAAAAGGGAAAAUCACGUAAAUGGGGAGCACCCUCUGAAAAGACUAUAAGCACCAGUUUUUCCCUACUGUACAGCUCUCUCCAAUCCAAUCCUCUGGGGGGAGGCUGGAGGACGUGCAAAAAAGUGGCUGUGGAUGUUGUUGCACUACCCAUGCAUCAGCUGUUAGGCAGGGAGGCUAAGCAGCCAAAAUAAAGCCCCACUGUGCCUCUGAUCUCUUCGGGGCUGCCUCCAACCUCACUGACGCCCUCUUUGGACGUCCUCAUGAGCCAAGAGGGCUCUCCAGCUCUUUCCUGGUACUACUCUAUUUAUUUCCCAAUGCCGUGCGUAUAAGCAGUUGCAUGCGAGUGAUCCUGCAUAAGUGUGGGGAUGCCUGUAUUUCAACUCAUGACACUUUUUGAGAAAGUGGCUUAUUUGUAUCCCUUAGUGUUCUUUGCCUUCAGUAUAAUUUUAUUUAGUGUGAAACCUUCCCAGUAGCCAGGAAUGAUUUAAUUUUGACUUUCAAAGCACUUCUUAGAGUGUUAAAGGAGAAAAAUGAAAGAUUUCUUCUGUACAGUUGGUGGGUUACUGUGACACAGAACCUGGUUAUGGAGUGAGUAAAAAUUGGUGAUGUAAUGGAAGAGCAUGCAGCUCUGGUACUCUUCUCAGAACAGGAAUAAUGAUGUCAUCUGCUGGAGUGCCAGGGUCAUUAAGGGGCGUUCCUUGCUUUGGCAAGUGAAGGAGAUUGUAAUGGGUCUAGGAAUUUUGUGACAUUUGUCCGGAUGUAGUUCGAGAAUGAGGGAAAUAAUCAUAGGCUGCUUACUACUUUCUUUGAUAGGAUUCAUGCUUCACACCAGUAAUUUAAAUGACAAUGCUUCUUUGCAAAAUAGUCUUCAUUUCUAAUUAAAAAUUAAAGGUUGCAUUUCAGCUAGUGGAAUAUUUUAUGUUAAAGUUAAAUUGUUUAACAUGUUGACUCUAUGCAGUUAGAAAGAAGCAUUGCUGAGUUACAUAGUUUACUUUAGUUCCCAGGAAACUAGGUGCGUAAUAUAAUGUAGUGGUCAGUGAGCUUUAUUCAGAUUAUCUGGGGUGUGUAACAUUACAGUUAAAAAUUCAAGCAUCUAGCACGGUGCAUUACAGUUGCUAAAAUAGGCAGAAAACCUUUAAGUGAUCCUCCAAGACCAUCACCAAUUUUCAAGAAGCCUAUGUGGGAGUGGAAUUUGGGAACCAGUUUAAUAACGGCACAACACAGCUUCCUGUGCUCUUUGGACUCUCCUUGGGAGUGCGACUAUGGGGCUAGCCAUAAUGAGGUCCUGAACUUCAAAAUUUACCCCCACUCUCCUGUCUGAGAUAGAUGUUCUAGUGGUGAAUGCAUAGUUGUCUAAGAGACAGAGGAGGAUAUGAAAAGAAGCAGAAAAGAAGGUAUGUGCAUGUGCAUGUACAUACAUUAUUGUAAAAAAAAAAAAAUAGAAAUGAAUUCCAUCUUACAUUUGUCCCAAGACUGAAAUAGCUCAAGACCGCUGGCUUAAGGCCAGUUGGUGUGGGCUUUUGACUACCAAAAUAUGAAAAUUCUCAGCAUUUGGAGGUUUACUAGCUUCCUUUUAGAUAAAUUCAUUUUCCAGGUUACUGGUAGUAUAGAUUGAUCUUGUUUAAUAUAUAGCACUUACCACUCUUGCUCAUUUAACAUUGCCAUAUGUUACCCAUGUUUGAAUGGUAAGGACACAUAGAGGACUUGCUCAGUGGCUGCCCACAAUGAUGGAACUGUUUCUCUGGCAUUUCACCAAAGCCAAUGUCUGUAGAUUUUUUUAAACAGCAGAAUACCGUAUUUUUCGCCCUAUAGGACGCACUUUUCCCCCUCCAAAAAUGAAGGGUAAAUGUGUGUGCGUCCUAUGGGGCGCAUACAGGCUUUCGCUCCAGGCUUCAGGAAGCUCUGCGCAACCCUAGGGAGCCCGGCGCGAAGCCACGCUGGGCUCCCGAAGGUUGCGCAGAGCUGCUUGCGCUCCCGGGCACGCAGCCAGAGCAAUGCCGAAGCUGCACGCAGCUUCGGCAUCGCUCUGGGACUCGUUCUGGGGGCUGGGGUCGGGGGAAGCUCAGGCUUCCCCCGACCCCAGCCCCCGCAAGCUGCCAGAGCGAUGCCGAAGCUGCACGCACCUUCGGCAUCGCUCUGGCAGCCCCGCACCUGUAGGGGGGGGAAUAAUUUUUUUUCCUUUAUUUCCCCACCCCCCCAAAUCUAGGUGCGUCCUAUGGGCCGGAGCGUCCAAUAGGGCGAAAAAUACGGUAUAUUUUCUAGGGGGCUGGAACUAAGCCAAUAGGAAGCUACUUAAAAUUACUGCCUAUUUUGUUUUAUGUAUUCAGUUGCCUAUCCGUAUAAGCAUAUUAGUUGUCUUGUGCUUUUAGGAUUGGGUGACAUACACAAUCGUUUAGCAUUUAGGAGAAAAUGCUUCCCCAUUGUUUGUCUUUUUUCAAAAGGCUAUAACUGAUAUAUGCCUUAUGCUGUUGAAGUGAUUUUAAUUUAAGGCAUCUAAAAGCAAUAAUUGUCAACUGUCCUCUAACACAGGCUCUGGUUAUUUGUAAAAUAAGAUAUAUUGAAGAGCUUUGUUUUCACAGUCAUAUUGGUGGGGCAAAGAACAUAAGAUGCAGCAUUCUUGCUCAAUGUAGUGAGUUAGCACAGUGCUGAGGAACACAAAUAAUGCUCUUGAUACAAACAUAUGGUUGAGGUUUCUAGCAGAAAUAGGUCAGCCGUAAGCUCCACAUAACCAACACUGUCCCUGCUAAACUAAAAACAAUUUCCUCUAGUUAUAUAUGCUCUCCUAUUUAUUAAUGCAGAUUUUGAGCGCAGAUUUUAAGUAACAAGAUUUUGUUAAUUUUUUUCAUGCUCUACUCAGCUUGAAAACUGAUGUGCUGAAAAUGUUAAGUUGUUGUUAAAAAAACCCUGAAAAUUGUGUCUGGUGCACUUUCACUAGAUUUCACAGCUCUACCGGUUCAGUUUUUUUUUAAAAAAGUGUGAUGUAACCUUUCUACAGAACUGAACGUUAAUUUUUUUCAAUCUAGAUGGUUACAGACUUCACUUAUGCUAAAAGUGAUGGAGCCAACAAUUUCAUUAAUUAAAGAUUCAAGUAGGGCUUCUUAAUAAGAACAUAACAUCUGUUGUUUAAUCCCUCUUUGGGCCUGUUAGGUUGUUCUGCCAUCUUUGUCAUGAGAUUAAGAGAAGGUUAUGGGUUCAAAUGGUCCUCACCAUAACUCCUCCCCCACAUCCAGAAACUGGUAUCUCAACUGGCAGAGCCUAUGGGUAUUUUAACACAUGUUCUCCUUACCCAGGAUAAUGAAUCUUGGUGAUGAGUGAGACUGGGAUAACACCUGAACAGGCUCUUUGUUUCCUUCUCCUGCUGUUGCCUUUUGCUGUACUACUCCAAAACAAGCUCCAUUGUCUCAUCUGUCUCCCUUUCUUUCUUUAAAACCUACUUCUUCAACAGCACUUCUGCAGGUACCUUCAGUGGCAGGUAUUUCCUGAACAUUAUCUCUUCUGGACAUCCUGCUGUUAGCUCUUUCUCACUUUCAUUUGCUGUGCUUAGUAGUUAAAAUUAACAUUUCUACUUUUUCAAUACGUGGUAAAAAGUGCAUUUCUACUUGAGCCCCUUAAACACAUUUCUGACCCUUUACUUAAAUUUAUAUGCACCACCAGUUACAUGGUGCAUGGUUUUCCAGCCCUUGUUUUGCUUAUUCAUUUCUACUUGUCCCUGCUGCCGUAGGGACAAGUAGCCCUGGACUACCCAUAGGGCUGAGAUAUGGAGGCGGCAGGUUUGCACAUGUGUUCCCUUCCUUCACCUGGUUAAAGCAAUAUUGAUGCUGAGGUGUGUGUGUGUGAGAGAGAGAGAGAGAGAGAAAGAGGCAUAUGUUCAGGCUGAACAUUUUGCUAAACAAAACCCAGCACAGUGUUACCUGUGCAUAUAACUAUUGUUGUGGUAGGGCAUUUUGUCAUUCAUAUCUUGCCCAGCACGGCUGCUUUUCACUCCCAAGUUGGUGAGAAAUUGCAAAGUAGUCAUCCUUAUUUAGUGACCUACCACAGCAGCUUCUUCCUGUUUCACAGAAGAGUGUGUGUGUGUGUGUGUGUGUGUGUAUUUAGGCAGGCAGAAGUAAAAACAUUACAUUACACAUAUAAAAGAUCACAUAGAGAUCAUUACAAAAAAAAAAAAAAGCUUCACAGCACCAUUAGGGUCACUUUUUUAAGGAAAGGGCUGAUUCUGAGAAGUAAAACCUUUUUGCGUCUUACGUUCCUGGGGUCAGGGAAGGGUCUGCAAAGCUGAUAGUUUUAAAUGAUUAUUCUUUUUCUUAGUUGCAGGCAUGGAUGGAGGUGCCCUGGCUGAAGCUAGUCUUACAGACUCCUACUUCAGCACCAGCUUCAUCGGAGUUAAUGGGUUUGGAAGUCCUGCUGAAGCAAAGUAUCCUAUGAUGCAGGUAAUAUUUCAUUUGGUAAGCAGCUAGGUUAAAAUGUACCAAGGAUUAAAAAUAUUUCUGCAGCAAAUAAGUUUACUUCUAGCAGUUUUCUGCUAAUUUUAGAUUUCUCUGGAUUGCUGUAUUUUAUUACUUCACAUGGAGCAGCAGUAAAUCAAGUCUUCCAACCAAUCUAGGAAUCAACACAGUGUUUCUAGGAGCCCAAUGCAGAUGUUGAGUUUGCAGAAUAUCUCCCCUCCUAUCCCUAACUGCAUGUAAGAGGAAGUGCAUGUAAGAGGAAGUGGCUCCAGUAGGAGAUCCUAUGUGAGUUUCAUCAUGGAAUCUCCUUCAUUUAGGAGAUGGGAGAAGUACAGUGCCCAAUGAGGGAAUUCUCAAGCCAGAUAUUGGUUUAUGAUCACUCUGUAUGCAGAGGGUUGGAAAAGGAGACAUAGUAAUUGAAAAAGGCCUUGUAGGUUGCUUAGUUUUGGGGCCGUUUUAUUUGUUUCCCAGAGUGCAAAUGAUGAUGCACCACUUGUAUACACACACUUUCCAUCUGGUUCAGUCUGGGCUUUUUUUUUCUGCCCUUGAGCAGAUCCGCAAACUUAGGAGUACAUCCCUCCCACAAAGAAAUUGUCUUGUUGUCUGGUGGUACAUAGGGAUAAUAAGUGCUGGACGUUUGACAGUCUGCUGUGUAGUGGUUAGAGAUAAGUUUCUGUAAGAAUUUUUUGUGUAAUCAUGUAGGCACCAUCUGGUUUGAGUCUUUCCAGCUUUGGAUAGUUUUGUUUUUUGAAGGGAGUUGGCACUUAUCUUGGCUCACACUGCUUCUAGCUAUACCCAUCCAUUCUAACAUAUUGCAAACAUUGGAGAGGCAGCAAGAGAUGGAGUGCAAGGGUAUAUCCAGAUCAACAGUUUUAAAUAUCAAUUUGCUUCUUAUUUGUGGUAGGGGAAGGCACAGUUCAUGUUGCAUCUCAGAAUCUAUCAGUAUUUACAUUCUUGCUUUUAUAUAUGUGUGAGCAUGUGCAUAAUCUUGUAAGGAAUUAAGCAGUGGGGGGCUUGGGUGUGUUUGGUCUGGACUAAAGCAUUUGUUGUCUCAUUUUCUGUAAAUUUUCCUUUUCCUGUAUAUAACACACAAACACCCCACACAUUCCAACUAAGCAUUUAUGGCAUUGCACCCAUCCUUCAAGCAGCUUGUUAAACUUACCUAUUUUUUAAUAAAAAAUAUUAAACCUGGCUUUUAGUUCUCCCUGCUCCUAUCAUAGAAUUGUGAAGGGACCCUGAGGGUCAUCUAGUCCAUCCCACAGCAAUGCAGGCAUCUCAACUAAAGCAUCCAGGACAGAUUGCCAUCCAACCUCUGCUUAAAAACCUCUAAGGAAGGAGAGUCUACAACCUCCCGAGGGGAGUCCCUUCCACUGUUGAACAGAUCUUACUGUUUGAAAGUUCUUCCUGAUGUUUAGUCGGAAUCUCCUUUCUUGUAACUUGAAUCCAUUGGUUCAGACCCUACCCUCCAGUGCAGGAGAAAAGAAGCUUGCUCCAUCAGGCGUAUGACAACACUUUAUAUUUGAAGAUAACUAUCAUAUCUCUUCUCAGGCUAAACAUACCCAGCUCCCUCAAACAUUCUUCAUAAGGCUUGGUUUCCAGACCCUUGAUCAUCUUGAUUGCCCUCCUCUUCACCCGUUCCUGCUUGUCAAUAUUCUUCUUAAAUUGAGGUGCUCAGAAUUGGACACAGUAUUCCAGGUGUGGUCUGAUCAAGGCAGAAUAGAGUGGUACUAUUACUUCCCUUGACAUGGACACUAUACUUCUGUUGAUGAUGCAGCCUAGAAUAGCGUUAGUUUUCCAUCCACGCAAAUAAGAUCAUGUGGGUUUGAAGGUGCACUCAUGCAGUUGUGCAUUUCCAGUGUUUAUCCCUGAAAAUUUGUAAAAAAACAAACACACACACCCCGCAAAAGCCCUCAGUUCCAGGGGCAGGGUGUACAUGUGUACAGGAAAUGCGGAAAGAUUUGUUAAAGGACAGUGGCAGAUAAAAAUGAAAGGAAAAGUGAUGACUGCCAGUGCAGACAUACCCUAAAGAAGAGGGCAUGAAAUCCUCUGAAAGGAGAGGUAAAUACAGUUGCAUUGAGGAUUUAGAAUAAGGAGUCAGUUCAUAAAAAGUACACAGAAGGAUAUACUGCAUCAAGUAAAAACACCACAAAGUGGAAUUUGAUGUUACAAAACUGGUACCACACUACCUCCUGAGGCUAGGCUAAAUCAUCUUGGAUCAUCCAUUUAACUAAAGCCAUGUUUCUUCCUCCCAUCACAUCACUGCUUCCCUCUGCUAAUAUAAGGAGAAAAGUAGGUUGUUAAGUUGCUGACACAAAGAUUCCCAAUAUGACUUUGGUUUAUCCAGAUAUCUUUUUGCCUUGUUAUUCAGACAGAUUUGUCCUUUAGCAGCUAGAGAAUCACAGCUUUUUCACAGACCUGUGAUAAAGUCUCUAGGGUUACUAUGUCACUAGCUCUGACGUUGGUUCAUAGAUCUACCCAGUAACAUCAGUGAGGUUGCAGAUUCACCAUUGGUCUGAUUUCUGAGACAAAUGUAUGCUGAUUGGCUAAUUACUUCAUGCUUUCUUGCUUGUUGCUACUUGGUGGAUCUGCUUUGCAUUAAGGUUGCAUCAGGGCAAAUGUUUUGUGUUUUGUGUAAUUUUGUUCUUAAUUUCAUGUUUCUGUGCAGACUGAACUUUCAGAAUUUUGUUCUCUAAAAUAUUUGUUCACUCUCUACCUAGAUUUUUUGCCCUGUAUGGUUAAAUACAGCGAGGGCUAGAAAUCUGAUAUCACAGCUUACUGUGUUUGAAUAGAAAGAUAAUAUAAAGUAGGUGAUUGUCAAUUCAGUACUAAUGUAAGUAAUUUCGUUAGUUGAAUUGGCAUAAGCAAUCUGUAGUGUGUAGCAGUAAUUUUAGAUCUCAGUUGGAAUGCAGGUUUUAUACUGGAUUUAUGUGCCCAUAACACUGACCAUUUGGUGACUUAUUUGGGAGUGUGAGGCCACUUAAUUGAUAGGUAAUACUGUUUUGUAGCUGAAAAGAGACUGGUGUGAGUUUUCUGUCAUAGAUUACAGGAUGGUGGGUAGGGGAAGAAAGACAGCAGCAGAGCCAUGACCCAUAGUGAGAGUGGGUCCUACUUAUGUGGUAGUGGCAGGCAAUGCUCCCAGGUGAGACCUUACUGUUUCUGAGAAUGAGUGGCAAAGUAAGAAGUCACCUCUCGGACUAAGGGAUACAAGGCUAAGAACGCAGGGGAAAGAGAGGCCACUGUUUCCGGAGAAGCAAAAUAUUGGGUGUGCUAUGAAAGAGUCUGCAGGUAGGAUGUGCUUAGGUGUGAAAUCGAGGUGUGAAAUUGAAAGAUACUGGGAGGGUUGGUCUUGUGUGGGUUUUGCAAGUUUUUUUUGGCUUUGUAAAGUCUAAAACGAGACAUACUGGAUAGUGCAUCCCAAAGUCAGUUGACAUUUCUACAAGUGCCUACUGUACUCCCAAGAUUUAAGCAUUUUAGAAGUCUUAAUUUUAAGUAGUCUUUGCAAUAAUUUUAUUUAGAUUUGACUGCUUAAUAAUACUGAAUAGGAGAAAUUAUGACUUUUUCCUCUACCAAAGAGUGAAUCCCAGAAAGAUUUGCAUCCUUGAAAUAAUUUGCUCUUUCAUAUGACAUAUCUCAUUUUCACAUGACAUAUCUCAUGUCUCUAAUGUGGCCUGUUCCAUAACAUGCCUUUUUCUCUAAUGUGGCCUGUUCCAUAACAUGCCUUUUUCUAUGGUCACCUAAUGACUGCUGAUAGUGUCUGCAUUUCAAAUAAUAAUCUGAUGUUAUGGAAUAGCAGCCUGGCCCUAUUGCAUAAGAAGGCACUUUCAGACCCUGAGUCUGCAUGCAAGGUGGGGUGGGCAGGAUAAGGAAGUAUCGUACAGUAGUAGUAGUAGUAGUUGUAACAUCAUCAUCAUCAUUACUCACCCUGUACCCUGUGGUACCAGGGCAGAUGUCAAAAAAAUGUUUGAUAUUCUGGAAUGUGUGUGUAAAGAACUGCAAGAAAAGUAGUUGGUAAAACAUAUAUUUGCUGAAACCACCCUGAUUCGUUUUCACAAGGGUUGUUCUUCUCUAUGAGUAAUAAUUCUACUUUAAUGCUUUCUAUCAAUUUACCUAGAAUCUAAUCUAACUGUCCUGAAAUGUGUUGACUUCUCCUGACUCAGUUUUUUUAGCUGCUUUAUGAUGGCCAUUUCCCAGUUUUCUAGUAAGAGGGCUGAUUUUCUUGCCUCAUUGUGAACUUUUGUUAGGAUAUCAGCAAUGUUCACAUAGAUGAGUCCUUGAGCAGUAGGGUGUAUGAACAUUAGAAGAGUGAGCUGGAUCAGGCCCAGCAGCCUAUCUAGUCCAGCAUCUUGUUCUCACAGGGGCCAAGUGGAUGCCUGUGGAAAGUCUGAAAGCUGGACCUGAGGAGAACAACGCUCUCUGCACUUGUGAUUCUCAGCAACUGACAUUCAGAGGCAUAAUGCCUCCAACAGUGGAGAUCGAACCUAGUCAUCGGCUAGUAACUGUUGAUAUCCUUAUGCUUCAUGAAUGCUGUCUGGUCAUGCAUUUAGUAUUUGUCAGUUAGCUGUAGAACUUCAUCUCUGUUCGAUUCAAUUCUUCAGAUGUUAGCCCUGAAAAGAUAGGUUCAGGUAUGGGUAUCAGUCAAGCAUUUUCAGCAGUGAAGGCUGAUGCAAAGAUAUAAGCUUCUCUGUAUUCACCCUGUUCUCCCUUAGCUUCUGUUUUGUCAUCUAACAAUCCAACUAUCUCCCUGGCUGUCUUAAAUGUUACAGCAAGCCUUCCAAAGUUGAGGAAGAAUUGUUUGGGUCUUCCUUUAUUUACAUUGUCUGCAAGGAUAAUCUAUAUUGUAAUCUAUAAACUCUGUGAAUUAACUAAUUUUCACAUACUGGUUAUUUUGAAUAUUUUAGGUAAUUGGGGAGAGGGAAACACAUGUAUAUUGAAGUCCCAUUGACCACUGGAACUCUGAUUCAGCUCUUCACCUGUGGAUUAUACCAGUCAUUUUCUACAUAUUUUCAAGCCUUUUUGAGCCAAAGAAACAAUAACUUGCUUUUUCUUAAAAAGAACUGCAUUGCUUUAUCAACAUAGAAUUGCAGAAUAAACAUAGCUCUGUUCAAGGACUAGUGAUUUGAGAAAUUGCUAAUUGGUACUUUUCUGGCUCUGUGUAGAUUGGAUAAAACGGUUAAACUUAAUGAAAGCUAUAUAUGUAGAAAGCAGUUUUAGAGAAAAUAAGACCCCUUAAAUGUUGGCUCUUAUAUUUUGCCUAUAGCAUCUGAAUGAUAUGCAUUUUUUGAGGUUUUAUUGUCUUUAGCCUGAAAUCUAAAUAGGCCAUUAUGACCUAUUUGGAUCCAUAGCAACAGUGUGUUGUAUCCUGAAUCAUACAAAUUCAGAAGGAUCAACAUGGAAGUGAGCGGUGUCUGUAUGGAAGUUAAGAAAAGGGUUUGUGGUUUAGUUUUUUGAUGCAGAUUUAUUUUUUACAGUAUAUGCUGACUAGUGGUGAACACUCUUGUCUUUUACUCUGAUAUUCCCAAAGAGUUCUAACUCUCUUAAAGUCCAGAUCUGCUUUCAUUAGGAUUCUAGGCCCCAUUUUUCAACUCUGUUUUGAUAAGGCAGUGCCCUUGGCUCAAUAGAAAGUAACACAUACCCCCAACACAAUUUCAGGAGUCUCACUUAGCCUUCUGUUGAACCUGUCUUCUUUUCAUCUGGGUACAAGCAACCCCUGAUUUGUGUGGGGGUUGUGUUCCGAGUCAUCACACACAACGGUGUAGCCCACAUAAGCCUGCUUGGCCUCUUCCACACCCACCUCCACUUCACCCCCUUUUCCAGCCACUUCCAGGUUAAUAUGAUGCUUGCAUGUGAGGUCGCACACAUAUUGAACACCUGUACAGCGGUACCUCGGGUUAAGAACUUAAUUCGUUCCGGAGGUCCGUUCUUAACCUGAAACUGUUCUUAACCUGAAGCACCACUUUAGCUAAUGGGGCCUCCCGCUGCCACCACAGUGCCGCCGCACAAUUUCUGUUCUCAUCCUGAAGCAAAGUUCUUAACCCCAGGUACUAUUUCUGGGUUAGGGGAGUCUGUAACCUGAAGCAUGUGUAACUUGAAGCAUCUGUAACCCAAGGUACCACUGUAUAUCGGUCGUUGCCUGUACUUGUAAUGGAUUCAGGGAAGUUUAGGAUACAUAUAUGUCUACUGAUACAUGGGAUUUGUUUAGGCCAGUGGGUAUAGAUCCCUUCACAAAAGGUUUUAUUUUUUCCCCCUCCUAUUAUAAAAAAAUGCAGUAAAUUGAGUCCUGAUAAAUGGUAGAAAACUUUUAAGUUUACUCUGUAGUCUUCUUGGCCUUAUUUACAUGUAAAGAAGCAACUAAUGAAGCUUAGAUAAUUAAUUUUCUGGCCUUAUGAUUGUAGAUUCUCUAAAUCUCAUUAAAUUCUGUAAAGGUGCAUGGGGCUAGAGGAGCCAUUUACUGCUUUUGGAAUUGGAGGUUUGUCAAAAAUACUUGUCCAUUAAAAAAGUUAUGUGGUGCUUUAAAUCUUAAGUCUUCACAUUUUGAGGGCACCUUUAGUUCUUGAAAAUAGAUGUGGUGAAUUCUGACAAGUUUUGUCUUUGACAGGUUAACAAAUUUAAAUACUUGGACUGAAAUCUUUACCUCACUUCUGUUAAACUGGGUUGUGCUGAUAACAAACCUGUAAAAUGCAUGUUUGAUAAAAGCAUGGCUCAUUACCUGGCAUGGGGACAAAAUUCUGUGACUUUCGAAAAACUUAUAUCCCAACACCUUCAGGUUUUUUAUAUAAAGAAAAGUAGAUAGGCCUGCUAAUGACAAGUUUAUCGGGCAGCUUUCAGCAAUAAGCAUCGUGUGUGUGUGUGUGUGUGUGUGUGUGUGAGAGAGAGAGAGAGAGAGAGAGAGAGAGAGAGAUCUUGAGUGAUUCAAGGUGAAUGAGCAGAUUCAUAAAAGUGGGGCUUUUGCUUGUGGAACCGCUUGAUAGAAUGCUUUCACUGUUCAUUUCUUGUGUUAACGAAUUACUGGAAAAUAGCGUAAUUCCCAUUUCCCUCCCUUAUUCAUGUCUGAAUUGCAUUUAAAAUAACUCCUAAGCAUAGAUCUGUUUCAGUUUGUAUAAAUGUUAUUGGUUAUUACUGCCACAUAGUUCUUCCUCCUUGUUGUACUUCUAUUGGGUCAGAUCCAGAUAUGUUCUCAGCAGAGUUUCACUUGCAUGAUACUCUACUGGAGGAAGAGGAAGCAAUUUUCACUUAUUCCUCCUUCUCCCUGUGACCCCUGAAAAACCUCUUCAGUAAAUCAGGGGAUCCUCCAGAAUCGGAAGCAAGAAUUAGCAAAACUCUCCCCUCUUCCAACACAACCUUCUCCUAGUUUAGAGUCACAUCUGUGGAACGGAAACUCUGGAUCCAACUCGAUGUUUACACAAUGUUCUUGGCUAAAUGAAAAUCAGUGUUUACUUGGUAUGACUUUAUAUUAAAUGUUUUAACCAGUAACUAAAUGCUUCCUAUAGCUUUUUAUUUGGACACACCAAUUUGUGGAAUCACAGAAACCUAACACUUUGAUUAGCUUUAUUUUGUAACCAUAUAUUUAUUCAUCCAUUUUCAGUGUAUGAGCUAAAACUGCACAUGAUCCCUAUUGUUGUAUUCACCAUACAAUUUUUCUUUUUCUUUUUCUGCAGAGGAUGACAAAUAGCAGCAGUUCCCCUAGCCUUCUUAAUGACAGUGCCAAGCCCUAUGCAGGCCACGGUAAGAAGUUGACUUUCUUAACAAAAAAAAUUAAAUAUUUAACUAUGUUUAUGUUAAUAUUUAACAAUAUUUAUGUUAAGCUAUUUUUAUGGGAGCAAAGCUUUCAGUCUUUAAUGUGGUUGCAAUAUAUUUAGAUUCUUAUCUUGAUUUUAUUUAAAGCAUUUGUAUCCUGCCUCUUUCAACAAGUGGGCUCAGUUUUAAUUAUCAUUAAUGCUUAUAAUCACCGUUUUGUUUUGCUUGCUUUCCAUAUGUUACUCUGCAACAUGUGAUAUUAAAAAAAAAUGACAGAUUAAAUAUUUGAACAAAAUUCUUGGGAGCAGUCUUUGGCCAGUAUUCAAAGAGUUACUUGAGAUAAACCUGAGGCCUUGGGCAUGCACAAAGAAAUUGCUGUGGUUAAGAGCAUAGGCCCUACUUUCAUAUAUUACAUUUUAGAGCCACAUAGUAAAACAAUCUGCUUACAAGCAAGACAUAUUUCCUAAACAGUCAUCCACUUUGGUUGAAAAUGGAAAGCUAUUUUGGUUCUUGUGACCAUCUUUUCUAGAUUCAUCUCCGUUGGGGUUUAGGCCCAGCUGUAUAUGAUGUAUGGAGGAUGGCAGCACAAGAGAGAGCCUUUUCUGUGGUGUCUCCCCAUUUGUGGAAUGCUCUCCCUUGGGAGGCUUACCUGGUGCCUACAUUUCAUAUAUUACAUAUAUUAUCUGCAACCAGUGCUUUGGCUGAUUACCAUUCUAUGGUCUUUUAAAUGUGUUUGUGGGAGGGGGUUUAUUAGUUUGUUUCUGUUUUAUUAUGUACUUUGUGUUAUCAUUUUGUAUUUUUACGUUGUGAACCACUCUGUGAUCUUUGGAUGAAUCAGUCAGUCAGUCAGUCAGUCAGUCAUUCAGUCAAUCAAUCAAUCAAUCAAUCAGUCAAUCCAAUAUUCCUUUUCCCCCUGGGCAUUUCAUUAAAAUAAUUUAGGAGGCAGACUAUUGUAGUCAUGGGCAUCCCUUAUAAUCUGUUUGUAUUUUAAUGAAAUAUAAUAAUCACCUAUGCAAGUGUUUAUGUUAUAGGUGUAGCCAGUUCUGUCUGUAAUCCUUUAAGCACCUGUCCAUGGGAAACAUAUGCCAUCAAGUAGUUGUAUGAAUUUACUUUUCUAACAAUUCCUACCAUCACUGCUAGGAACCUUCAGUUGUGCUUGUUUUCCAUGUGGGAGUGACUUAUAAGUAAACAAGGAAGAUUUAAAGGGAUGUGUACAUUAAUUUUGAGAGCUUAAGAUUGCAGAGGACAUCAUGCAGAAUUAUCUGGUAGUUGAGAAACUUCGACUUAAUGCACACACAGCUGUGAAUUAAUUAACAUAUGCCCAUGCUAAGUUAACUUCUGAUUUCAAUAGGACUUAAAUGCUGAUAUUGAUAAAACAUAGCCUCUAUACAAGUAAUCUACUAAACUAGCCCUUGUAUUCCAAAGUCCAAAGAAAUUGAUAAGCACCACAGUUUUACAGGGCAUAGUGAUUGUUAACAGAGGGGGAAAGUGAAUUCCACUGAACAUGCACAGUUCCUUAGGCACAUGCCAAAUUAUUUUCUGGCUCUACUUUGCAGAUUUCAAACACUAACAAUGUUAUUAUAUUAUAUUUAAAAUAUAUUAUUAUUUUAUAUCUGUAUGUUUUGUAACCUUUUUUUACAGAUUCUCUUACUUCACCUGGUUCAUCCUUGUUCAACGACUUUGCUGCCCUCAGCUUAUCUCAAAGGAGAAAAGUAGGUAUUGCCAGAGUUUCUAGAUAACAAAAGAACCACUUGCUUUAUUACAUACAGCAACUGAUAGCUUACAGAGUAGCAUCAAUUAUAUAUAUGGCCAUAUGUAAUGCACAUUUCUGGGCAUGCAUUUCAGUUCAUUUACACAAUUGCUUGUAAUUGUCCAGAUCAGUGCACUCUAACUUGAUCCUCUGCCCCUCACAAUACAAGCAAUGCCUUUCUACAAUGUUCUAUUCAGUGCAGUUUUUUAGAAAAAGAGGUGUCGGAACUCACCAUGAAUGCCUUGUUCGCUUAUAAUGGCAAUGGCACUCACCUGAGAGGUGCUGGAACUGAGUUCCGGCUGAAUAAAAGCCCUGGUUCUAUUGCAAUUUGUGGUAAAGACAACAUCUUCAAAUAGGUGUCUAUCAACUUUUAUUCCAAACAACUCUUGAUAAAUCCGCUGUUUAAGGAGAAAACUUCCUGCAGUAGUCACAUUACAUAGAGCCAUGAAAAAUCUGUAAACCAUAGACUGAGUAGUUUUUACUCUACCCCCUGCAGAGAAUUUUAAAAUUGUGAUCAUUAAAUGCCCCCCAACUUAUCAAAGCAGUCACUUCCCCUUUAUUGAACUUAUGGGGGUUUCUGUUGUAAAAUUUUCGAGAUUAGUUAGCUUUUCUUUGCUUGUUAAAAUUGCAAUAAGAAACCAACAUUUACAAUUUAAUAUUAUGCCAUGUCCUUUUUAUUGCUUUCCCAAGUAACAAUCUUUUAUGUGCCACUUCAUUAAAUGAAUGCUGUUCUUUGUUGAUAUUGAAGACUUCUGAUCUCAAGACUUCACAUUACAAAAAAAAAGUUAAGACAUUUUUGUCUUCCCUAGGCAAGGUUUGACAAAGUCUGGGACGUUGGCCAAAACUGAUUGGUCCCCAAGCACCUUUUCCCUUACUCUUUUCGGCUGUAAUAUAUUAAAGUACAGUAAAAAAAAAAAUGGUUCAUUCUCAAGGGAACCAAAGUUUAACAGUAAAAUUAGCAAAAGAUUGUUAUUGGCUGAAUAGAGAAUAACAAAUAAUUUGACUGCUGCCACAAACCAAAGUGACCUUUGGGCUUCUUGUUCUUUGGGUUUAUACAGGCAGUAGUUUGUUUUAAUGCCCCACUGUCCUAUCUGUGUAAAUAUAAUUUUGCAGGUUUUUGAAGCAUUGCAAAAACAAGUUUGAUUUUUAGCAAAGACAUAUGGAGGGAAAAUGCAAGUGUGUCUGUGCAGGUGGUGAUUGCUUUAUUAUAACUUCAGGGAACACACAAGACCACUAACAGGGUUUUCAUCCCAUCUAAAAGUAUGUGAAGGCAUAGUUUGCAUAAAUAAAUCCUUCUAAGAGAGAAAUACACAUGUGCUUGGAUAAUUGCAAUUGCUCAAAUAAAAGUCACUGUGAUGUGCAAGUCAUGAUGACUGUGUGUACAUCCCUAGGUAGGGGUGCUGACUCGUACAAAUGAGGUUUUGACUCCUGGCCUUAUUGCAAGCCCAUCAACAGCUUCACACACUCAAGGAGGUGGUUGGAUAAUUGCUCCUGAAUGUACAAAGCCAGUUUGGGGACCCUGCACAAUAUACUCCCACACAAGCAUUGCACCAUUCACUUCAUUCGCAAAAUAGCUUCUGGGUAAUACAUUUCAAGAUUAGGGCGUUAGGUUGUCAGCGAUUUAAAUAACAGGGAUUUAUGAACAGUUAACUGUCAGAAUGUUAUACUAAGAUCUGCUGCCACUGAAACAACGGGGAUAAUUAGCAGGGGUGGACUUUGGUAAUAUGGCACCAUAAGUGAGGACAUAAUUUGAUGCCCUCCCCCAUCUUGGUUUCCGUUCUGCACAUCCUCUAAAGUGCAGUAUGUCAUAGUUUUGCGUCCUCCUGGCUCGGCUUUCCUGUGUAGGAGAGCUGCACGUACCACCCUAAAUCUUGCGCUGUAAUUAGCUGCCUGUUAAUGUUGUGCACUUACAUUUAAGCCAGUAGAAUAUAGGAAGUUUUGAUUGUUAAGCCCCUCUGUGGUGCAUAUAGCAGACUCAAGUGUUAAGUGCAUUGCAGUUUUUGUUCUGUUACACUCUUGUUUUAAUUUUGUAGGAGAAAUUUGCUGUUCUGAGCAAUUAGGGUGCACUGUUGUGGUUCGGGAGGCCUGAAUUUUUUUUUAAGAUCUGAGGAGCUUUUCUGUAAAAACCAUCUUCUUUCCUUGUGGAAACAUUUUGGAUGGAUGAUUUUGCUUGAAUCUCUUGUGUCCUAAAACCUGGGCAAAUAAAGCCUACAGUGAUGGAAUUAGCAUUCUUUAUAGUAGGAGUAGUGGUGGGUCGGUGCUAUAAAAGAGGCAAAAAGACAUUUUUAUUUUUAUUUUAAAAGGGCUAUUUGAGAUUUAAAACAUCACUGCAAUAACAUUCUGCUUUUCUGGUUAUCUUUGUAGUUUGAGACUAGUGUCUACAAGUUUCAAGCAGAAGGAAUAUUGAAGUUACUUUAAGUUGUCUUUCUGGUCUGCGGUUUCACAGCAGCCAAAGUUUUUGUGGAAGGAUGGCAUUCAAGUUUCUUAGUUAAUGGCUUCAGCUGCCUGUGCGCAUUUACUCAUGAUUGAGGGAUUGGGUCACAGGAUUGUGCUAUUUGUCUGCUAGUCCCUUCUGUCUCGCUCAUGUACAGCCAAAUUAGUGGUAAGAAUGCUCAGUUUUGGUACAAAAGUAGCUACAAAUUGUGCUUAAGUGUGUGACAUGCAUGAUACACACACAAGAAAAAAGGACAUUAUAUUGUAGCCAUUCCCAUCCUUUUAAUUAUUGCUAAUGACUGGUAUGCAUUAUAGCUUCAUUGAGUUUUCUAGGGGCAGCAUAACAAAAGCCAGGAUUUUGGUUGUUCAACCUGUUACGUCUUCAGUUACGUUGCAGAUGGAGGAAAUACUGGUCACUAAGGAUGUGUUGUGAAAUUGAAUUUGCAUUUUUGACUUUGCAAUUUGUGUCUCAACAUUUUUAAAAUGUGGUCUUUUAAAGAAUGUUGAGAGAGGCAACUCUAAUCUAUCGUUCCAUCACUUAAAAUGAAAUAUGUGGCGUAGCCUAAGAGUUAAAAUUUAACUCUAUGCUUAAAAAUCCACCAGAAUUUAACUCCUUUCUCUGACUUCUAAUAUUUAUCUUCACAUUUUCAAUUAUUCUCAAACAUUGGGGCCAUAGCCGUAUAAGACAUAAGACAGUGAUAGCUAAAACGUUCCAGGUUUUGCAACUCUUGAGUGAAUCGCCCCCACUCCAGUGUCUCAUAUUGCCAAAUGCUGAGCAGCAUAACACCAUAGCAUAGAUUAGUAACUUAAGAGUUGAUCAGCAUGUUUCCCCUUUUUCACGUUGGUGUUUUACUGCUUCCUCUUUUCAAUUGUAUAUAUGCCGAUUGUACGCCAGAAUAUGUUAGAGUUCUAUCCCCCCUUGGCAAAAGCAUGUAGGACUGUUUUUGGAAAUGUGUUCAGUCAUGUCAACCCCUCACAUGCAGUCUGAAGUGGCAAGACCAGGCAUAUUUUAGCCUAUCACCUAUUUCUUGUGAGAACCAGGUCACAAUAUUAGCACUACUUAUCCAGUGCUGUUGUUGGUUGUUUAGUCAUUAACUACGAAGGUUGCUAAAUUGGGCCAUGUUAUCACUUUAUCCAGUUUAAGCUGAGUAUUGGUUUUUCCACAGUUUUUGGGCUUCCAGCUUAGUCAUAGCCAAUGAGGUUAAUCCAAGGCAUAAUUAUUGCUAGUUGAAAAUUUCCCCAUCUUGCAUUGAUACAUACUUGUUACUGAAUAAAUAUGGACUAUGCUGAAAUUGCCAAACCCAAGGCAAAUCCAGUUUCUCAUUUUAUCUGUUUCUAAAACCAUUAGUCACCGUUGGGACAAAACCAAGAAACAGGUGACCGUAAUAUGAAAAGAUCCAUGCAACUGGACACUCAGUUCCCAGUCUCAAUCUUGCCAAAUCUACAUUUAAUCAGGUUAGGCUAUUGUUCUUGGUUGAGUAAUAAAUGUAUCCAGAUAUUGCAAGGGGGAGGCAUGAGCUACCACAUCCACUCAUUUUCCUGUUUUUCAGAUCAAAAUUGCCCUCCAGGGUGUGUUUCCCUUUUUGGAUGAUUAUGCAGCUCUGGAUGCUGUGAGUGAUUUUGAGCUGAAAAAUAAGUAGCAGGGAAAGAGUUAGGCAGUUCUUCUCCAGCCACUACUGACUAAAAAUUGAUUGAGCCUUGGAAGAGACAUAUAUAAUUGAGUCCUUGCUUUGAACAGAGUUGGCUUUAUGGAAAAAAAUCUUCAGGAGAUCUGAAUUGCUGCUUAAGUGCUUGCAUAGCUGGUAAUCUAAACUCUCAUCAAUAUCUGCAUAAAACUAGUUGAACACAUAUAUUAGGUAUUGUUAAUGUAGAAAGGCAUGGUUUCUUGUCCAAUUUAGUCAUGUUCUUUAAGCCUGAAGUUUAGCUUGACAAAUGUAGAGACGAUUUCUUUUGGCGUUCACCUGUUUUAUUUGCACGAAAUAUCUUCUGUUUUUUGAAAAUGAACUGUUUCAGUCGACAUGCUUCAUAUGCACACGUUUGUCAUAUAAGCAAUGGUGAUUUCAGUGUUCUGGAAAAAAACCCCAUUUAGAACAAGUUGGAUGAAAUUUCAUUAUUAGUUUAAUAUUCCUGUGGAUGUUGUCUUCUGACCUUAUUUAAAUAUUCAGAAAACAAUUUCAUAUCUUUUUGCUCUGGGUAAUGUUCUUACCUCUUGAUGGUUCUUUAAUUAUCUUUGUAGAUACUGAACUUUGUGCAGCACACUUCUGAGAUUUUACAAUGGGUUGUUCAUGCAGAGAUUAGAUGGCCAUCUACCAUGGAUGCUUUAGUUGAGUUUGCUGCAUUACAGGGCAUUGGACUAGAUGACCCUUGGCGUCUUUUCCAACUCUACAAUUCUGUGAUUCUCUGUGUGGGGAGAGGUGAACUAAACAAGUAGAUAUUGGAUUCAAGCAUCCAUGAGAUCUGUUUUGGAAUUAAUAUGUCUUCAGUGAGGAGCGUAAGCUAAGGUCUGCUUCCAAUCUGUUCCUGUAAAAAAAUAAUGAGAAGUAAUUUUAUCAUGGGUCCAUCCUAGGAUAACUACAUUGCAAGUAUUUUGUAUGGGUAGUUGUACUCCAACUUCAUUGGAGCGUGUGGGGAAGACACCCCUGGUUUAGAAUAAUUGUGAGACAAGAAUUUUCCAUGGGUAUUUUGAAUGGAAUGGAAUAUAUACUGGAGGAGCAAGCAGUACAUCUAUAUCCAGCUAAUUUUCUUAUGAGCCACUUAACUGAGCAAUGGACAGUAAACCAGCUGUUCAGCUUCAAUUUCUUAAAAGUUAUCUGCUAGAAAACUUUAUUGCUGCAUUUAGUAGUAGGCACUGCACCUUAGGGCGAGCUUUAACCCAAUGUCUGACUUCUGCUGUAGCUUACUGAAUACUUAUUUUGAUGAGCAGGAAGCUUCUCUAGUGACAUGAGUUUAUGGGUCAUUAAGUAAGUGCUUGCUUAUUAUAUACAGCUCAGAGUUCAUAAUUUUAUACUGUCUGAAAACUCAGCAGGGCUUUCUUCACUGUCAGCAAGGAUACAGCUUGUAAAUAAGGAUAGUUGCAUUUCAUAGUAAACCUUUGAGAGCGUAUUGUGUGUGUGUGUUUCUGAAUUGUUGAGUAAUCACUGUUCUUGGAAUUACUUUUAUUACUUCAUAUUUACUUUGAUAGGCAAGAUGAUACCUUAAUUUUAUAAACACGUCUGGGGUUUGAAUGUACACCUUCAAAGCUUAAAAUUAAAAGUAUUUCAUUAUCACCUGUGUGUACCAGUAAAAACAGUUGUAAUAAGAGAUUAUAUGCCUUUCUUUGUGACCCAACUCUUUGCGACUAAAUAUGUUAACUUGACAUGGACAACAUUUCAAGGAAAAAUUGUCUAUCUCCUUUUGAGACAUUUAUGCCAGAACUUCCAAGGUUUCUCUUUUGAACAGUUGGAUUGUAUUUAAUGAAAUCUUACUCAGAGUAGACCCACUGAAUUUACUGGGCUUAAGUUAGUCAAAUCUACUGAUUUCAGUGGGCUUACUCUGCCUAUAUUUGUUCAUUUACAACCCAUUAUUUCCAAACCCAGUCCUUUCUGUCCUCUGGAAUCUGUUCAUAAAUUCAGGCGUAAGAAUUUAGUAUCCUGGUUGGAGGUAUGUAGUAGGCAAAGCUUUUGGUUUGACCUGGCACUACAUAUUUCAAACAAGUCUUAGUUUAUUUGAAGUGAUAUAGAUGUGACUUUUCUAAUGAAAUGUCAGAAAUAUUAGGACCAAACUGUACAAGCCAGCUUGUUCUGCAAUCCUAUUGAAUUUUCCUGGGAGUGAGUCCUAUUAAAUUCCGUGGGACUUACGGUAUUUCUGAGUAAAUAUGCACAGGAUUGCACUGCGAGUCAAGGUGAAAUCUAAUUGGUGUCCCCAAUUGGGAAGUGGAGGGAAAGUGAUACUGUCUUCCUACUGCUCCCCAUGCCACCCUGUUCUGGAGUUUUCCCCCCAUCUCUCUGGCACUGAUGUUUUAUGGGUGCUGCGGGGGGGGGGGAGAAUGCCUCCCUUUCUUUUACAUUAGUAGGGGUAUCUGUCUGCAGGAUCAAAAGUUCCUCAGUUAAGUGCAAGGGCACCAACUGGAAUCCACUCCAAACUAUUUUGGCUUGUUGACUCCUCUCAACUUCCUUUUCCAAGCCACGGCAAGUCAAAUGACCAGAGUCAGAAAUUUUACUUGCAAAUUGUUUCCUAUUCCACCAAUCAAACCAAAUAUAUGUUCUCAUCUAGUUCUAGUUUGAGUUUCAGACUAAGGGAUGUUGGGAGUGCCCUGGUUUUUUUCCUUCUUUUCCAUAGCCAAGGAAGUAUCGACUGGGGAUGCUGGAGGAGAGAAUAGUUCCGGUGGGAUCAAAGGCAAGAAAAUCAAAGAACACUAUUGGCUGCUUGGCUGACAGGUGUAAAACAGGAGUACCCAUCAAUAUGGUUUGGUGGAACAGAGUCACAGAAAACAAUUUACAGGUAAAAUUACUUUUUUCUAGUCACUUUAAUUAAUUUUGGCUACUAUUUUUAUUUUUUCAAAAAUGCUGAAGUUAGAUACAUAUGAUGGGCAGAAAUUUGGCCGAAAUCUUCACAGGUCAAAUGUACAAAUGACAACAAAAGUGACUAUCUAAUAAACUACACACUUCUCAACUAAUGUUCUGUAUCAUCUAGUUUGGGUGGCAAGAGUAAUCUAUUUUAAGAAGACACCUUAGAAGUUGAAACUUAUUUUCUUUGAAAUAGCUGAAAUAAUUUGAACAGUAUUUAGACCCUCCAGAUGUUGCUAGACUGCAGCUCCUGUUAUCGCUAAACAUAGGCUGUGCUGGCUGGGGCUGUGAAAAGUUGAGAGUCCAUCAACGUCUGGAGAACCGCAGAUGUUUCAGAGAGCAAUGGUAGUGCAAAACUAUGUUCUCUUAUUUGUACUCCUUAUCCUAGCCCACAGAAGAAACUCACUCAGCAUCUGGUGACUUAAAUUGCCUUUGGUUAUCUUUGACGCUACUGUGAGUAGGAAUAGAUGUCUGGCACUUUCUGCCCUGUGAUUAGCACCCUAGGGACUUUCAAAGGGCAUUAUUGCUAUAUGUUGUGUUGAGGCUCUAGAUGGGUACUUGUUCCAGUGGAAUAGAGAGGCACACUCAACCUCUAAGAUAAAAACAGACUGAGACAAGAGUAGUUCACAAAAUUAGCAUGAGAAUGGGAAGAAUGGUCACCCAGUGAAUUACCUCCCCCCUUUCUUACAACUCUUGUUUGCUUCCGCUGUACAUGGGAACAAUAGCAUUUUUACUGUUUUUUGUAUAAAUCACGCUAAUAGUUUUCUUGUGUAGUGCCAGGUAGUUAAUGUAGCUUGUAGGCUAUAUUGUUGCACAAGUCAGAGGCGUUACAGAGGAUGUUUUCCCCUUUAGGACUUGACUUACUCAGUGUUUGCUUUGGCUGAUCUUAGGGUUAGAAUGACCUGAUUUCAGUUAAACUGUGAUUUGAAGUUAAGUGUGUCUUUGGUUUCACAUCGGAAAAGUCAUACAAAGAGAGAGAGAGAAUGAACUCAAGCUGAUUAAUUUAGUGUUGCUGUUGUGGUGGCGGUGAUUGUCAGUAGUUGAAUUUAAGUAUCCAAGAAGGAAGAAUGGUUUACAGCAUUCCAUAUUGAACAUUAUAUAGAGAAGUCACAAUGCAUGUGCAAAGGGUACAUGCUAAGUAGGUUGCCGAACUGAAAGGUUUUGUAGAAAAAUGGGGCCUCUUCAAGUUUGCAUUGUCCUCCCCCCCGUCUAGCAACCUGUGUUUCUCACUGCAUGUGCGCACACACACACACACCUAUAUACACACACAGAUUGCAACCUUGGUUAUUUUAGUAUAUGAACACCACAUUAUCUGCUGCUUUUAUGGAAAUCAUGGAAAUUUUACUUCUCUAUUCCACCGAAGAGCUCAACGUUGUGCGCUCCCCGCGCCCCCCAAAAAGAGUAAGUUUGCCUGAGAGAAUGUCACAACUGUUUUUAGUUGCUAGGUUUAUGAAUAUUGAAAAGAGCCAGAUUGAUGUACAUAAACUAAGCACGUUUGCCUUGUUUGUAUGGAUGUUGUACUUCAGUUCUUGCACAUCAUGUAUGAUUUAAUGGAAUUUGCAGCAUUAAAUCGCUGCGUUGUGGUAUAAUACACCACUUGCAGCAACAUCUGCAGUAAUUGUAGAUUUGGCCUGUACAUUCUGCAAAUCUCUGUUUUAUACAUGUUGGUCCCUUAACAUGUUUCCAUUGCAGCUUGUAAAACAAAGAUGUAGGGUCUCAUUGUUAGAACCCAGAGCCAUUGCCAAAGGACCAGGCUUCAGCAUCAGCAUAGCAGCAGUGCUGUUUCAGUACAGAAGUGGGGAUAAAAGUCCCCCCAAUGCAAGAAUGAUUUGACUUAGGAGAAUCUCCAGCUGAUAUGGCUCUUACAGCCAUUUAGACUACACUAGGUGGCCUAACUUGCCCGUCCUCUCCCUCAUGUUCACCUCCAUUCUCCUUAUCUGCAGCACAAAUGAGCCAGGAAAGGGUGUGUGUACAUUGUGUGGAUUGCAAGAUCUGCAGCCAGUGGAUGAGAAUCCAGCCCACUAUCUCAUGCUACUGAGCUCUUUUAAUUGUCGUACUUCUAAUUAAUUUCACUAUAUUGUAGAGGUGGUUGAUUUGUGGCCAGUCUGUAACCCUCCCGAGGAUUCUGAUACUGGAAUUAGCCUUAUACUGGGAUUCUGAGAAUCUUAGUGAGGUGGCAAAGCUGAUGUUUAUGAUGUUUGUUAUAAUACAUUUUGGCCUUAUUCUGUAAACAAGACAUAAAAGUCAUGAUCUGUGUUUUGAGUUUUUUAACUAUCCAUGUUGAUCUCUUCUCAAUAUAAACUAUUCUAGAAAGGACCAUGACUUGGUGUUUCAUAAGGUCAUUAAAAAAGGUCAUGCAUGUGCCAUUAACUAGGUUUUGAUCAAGCAGAGUUUGUAAUAAGACACAUGGUUUCUUGCUGCUCUGUAAAUUUAAAUAAUUUGUUACUAUAAACCUAACAUGUACUAAAGUUAAAAAGGACCAAGCAGAUUCCAGAAGUGUAGUUGUGUUAGUCUGUUAUGAUGCCACAGUCUCUUGACCUUCAAGGCACUGUAACAUUCUUUGCUGAAUCUUGAGAAAUUCAGAAAAACACUUCCAGGAUAUUUCAGUUUUUUCCUGUAUUUUAGAGUCUCAUUUCAAUUAAGCAUUCAGGUGUGUACAUGAUGACAGAUUUGGCCCUUGUUUGGUAAAUUGUUUACUCUUCCAUCUAAAGAAGUAUGUUGUGACCCUUAGUUGGAAUUUGUGAAUGUACUAGUUUGUUCCUGAACAGUUACAGCUUUGAGUUUUUCCCUUUUGUUGCUUCCUUAAACAGUAAAUGCAAUUCUAGAAAAGCAAUUUGAAUUUAUUCUUCUAGACCAUGAAUGAAGAACCCAAGGUCUGUAGACAGUAAAAGACUCUUACACAUCAUUUCUGUGUAACCACUUGCAACCAGCUACAACAUGUUAUCUGUUAAUUUGGUAUCUCUCCCUCUUCCCUGGUCCAGCUGCAGCCCAUCUUCAGUGAGGAUGAGAAUGUUGUACCUUAAGAAGAUACAGAAGAUGCUUGCCUUAAGGCUGUGUGUUGUGGGAGGAGCAUGCUAGCAAUAGACCUGACAAUAGAAGCAGAGCCUGAGGAUCAUAGUGCUUGUCUGAGAAAACCUACGUUGUGGGGAAAGGUUUUGUGCCUGAGUUCUGGCAGAAAGGGGAGAAACAAUGUCUGUCUGCUUUGAAGAAAAUGUGUACAUGUCUGUUUUAAGGAAGAGGGAGAAUGUUUAUUGCUGUGAUAGGUGCAUACAUUGAUUUAUGUAGAAUAUAUUCAGGUAUUUGUUGAGAUUCCCUCAGGGUCCCUUCCAACUCUGCAAUUUUAUGAUUCAAUGUGGAAAAAGGAAAUGGGAGUAGUGUAAUUUUUAACAUGUGUGAAGACAGUUGGCUAAUCAGCAUUUUUAUACUGUGUAAACAACUUAGCUUUAUAUUUUUCAUUAAGCUGCAUAUGUUGUUGUUUAGUUGUUUAGUUGUGUCCGACUCGUCGCGACCCCAUGGACCAGAGCAAGCCAGGCACUCCUGUCUUCCACUGCAUAUAUAUUCUGCUAAAUAAGUAAAAAUAAAAUUGGCAAUUUGGACUUUAAAUGCUUGUGUUAACUGUCCUAUUUAUAUCCUGUACUUGAGAUUUUAUUAAUGGUAUAAAGAUGUAAAAUGAGGACCUAUGCAUUCAUUUGAAUCAAAGAGAUAGUGAACAAAAUAUUUGUUCUUGAUUGAAUCAACAGCCAACUUGCCGAUUUUUUAAUUUAUAAAAAACCAGAGAAGAUAUUCACUAAUUAAUUAACCUGAUCAAACUAAAAUGAAAUCUUGUUUAUGAACAAAACCCUUGUUUAUGAAUACUGCUUUUGUCUUAGAAGCCAAGUCUCCUACCUAGAACUCUUUUUUCUCCUUCGGAAAAUUGCCUUGGAAGUGAAGGCUGACCUUAACAUUAGCUGUAAUACAACCACCUUGAAUUUCCUCCCACCACUUUCAUGUGUAUCUUUGGCAGACUAUCUGGUAUCCCAGCAGGGUUAUCUCUCCCCCUUUAUUGAAGAAUUAUCACACCAACCUAAAAACCAUAUAUAAAAAAAUCAAAAAUAAAAAUUGUGAUAGCGCUCAUUUAACACGAAUGGAAAGAGUAAAUACUAAAUGACAUAAGUACCUUGGGUAAGACAGAUCCAUGAGCACAAUCACCAGAUUUAAAAUACACUCAAGCACAAGUAGGGGUGAAGUGAAUUUUAAACUUUAUUAUUCUGCUAAUGAAUAAAAAUGCUCAAUUUAGCUAUAUCUUGGUCAUUUUACUGUUUCCCCUCUCUGACUCUAAUUAUGCUACGCUUUUGUUAGCUAACUAAUGACUAACCGUACUGUGAUUAAUAGAUCUAUUGUCAUUUCUCUGACAUCUGGUAGUAUUGUAUCUUUUACAUAGCCCAGUAGAACAACCAGUGGCCCAUCGAACUUUUUUGACAGUUUAAUGUUGGAAGUGUGGUGCUUAGUUGGUUGAUAGGGUCAAAGGAUACCCUAAAUUUAUCAGGCAGCAGGUUUUUUAAAGAUAACUCUGUCCAGGCCAUCUUAGGCGCUGAUGGAAGGCACUCUUUACCACAGACAAAGCUGAACCCAGGAGUACACACGGACCAGGAACAUAGUCCUUUAGGGGAAGUGCUGCCCAUCCAGAACAGGUCUCUUUGCUCAGGUGAACCACCUAAACCUAGAACUUCUGUUUAUUGGCCUGCAUCUGUCAUGUGAUUCUUUCUUUUGCUUUACUAAUUCCAGGCACUGGAUAGAAGAGGCACUGCCGCUUUCUGCUUUCACAGGAGGAAGUGCCUGUUCUGAAGUGAUGCUUGCUAUGAAAUGUGUAUGCAUCAUUUAAAAAUCGUGUGAUUUCUUCAGAAUUACUUUAUGACCAUGAAAAUAUAUGCAGAUUUUAUAUCUACAUGCCUUAAGGGAACUGUUUCUCUCGGUGGCUUAAACAAGUUUGUCCUGUUGUGAUGGAUUUAUUGUGGUUUUUCUCUUGUGUAAGCAGACCUGUUUGUCAUAUUUAACAGAAAGGCAGCAUCUACAUGUUCUGAAUACUGAAUUGAUUUAAUAGGUGUAUGAUCAACCAAGAUGUCUUUAAUUGGAUGAUAGCACUAAUUAAUAUCAAUGCAGAGUUUAUCCCUCCACUCCAAAAACAUGAGGGCAAAGUCAAAAAUGUAAGUGAAGAAUUUGCCACUUAUUUGCUGUAUGCUAAUAUAGGAGAGGGGAAUUGGUUCUGGCCAGUGGGCUGGAUCCAGAAUUCCCCCACUCUUUGUGGGCUGCUUUGAUGGAUGGGUAGGGCUGCCUACCUGUCAGUCACCUGGUGUCUUCAGGAGAUUCAACUUCAAAGGAAGAAUCAGAGGUGUGUUCUAAAUGCAUUUCUGAUACUUCCUUUCUUCUUUUGUAGCCAUGCCUUGAACUGAAGCUGCAGAAGCAAAGGAAGAAUCAGGAGCACCAUCUAAAUGUGCUCUGGAUUCUUCCUUUCUGGUUGUAAUUUGGUGUUUUUUGAAUAUGAUGUCAGGUGAUGGACAGGUGGAUGUGGGCCAAAUUGGGAGGCCUGGCAGGUACACUUAGGGGGCUUAAGGUUCCCCACUGUUGUGAUAAUGCUCUACAUUUAGUUUGCUUGUUAAUUUGUAUUCUGCCUUUGGUCCAAGUUGCCCAGAACAGUGUUUAACUUCUCAACAACCUUGCAAGGAUUGUUCUACUGAGAAAUUGUCAUUUGUCCCAGUUAGCUUUCUGACAGCAUCAGGUUUUGAAUUAAAAUUUCCCAAACACAACGUCAGCUUGUUUAAAAGUUUGUAAUGUAGAAAAUCCUUAGAAUUAAGGGGAAAUGAACAUCUUUAAAAACAAACAUGUGGAACAGAGAUUAAAAUGACUUCGCCAAUAAAGUAGUUUUUGUAACUUAAAAUAGGAAGCUUUCCUGAGAGCUGCUUACAAUCUAGUUCCUCUUAAGCAUAAUUGAUUGCUCUAAGAGCUGGCCAUUAUUCGCAUAAUUGAUACUUCUAAUUCCACUUAUAAACUCAUAGUAUUCCCAGUUUCCUUGCCUCAAAAUUUAGCUGAGCAGUGUGUAAUGCAAACUUGCAGAUUAUGAAGGAAGUUGUAUGGAAACAGAAUUUCAAGUAGGUUUCCUGUGACCAGGAUUCAAGGAACUGCAUAUCUCCAGUCAAGGGAGCUGUACCUAGCUCAUAAAAUGUACAACUCUUUUCUUUGGGCCACAGAAAGCCGUGUCUUAUUACAAACUCUAUAUGGUUUUGAAAGGUUUGCCAGGCAGUAUGCUGAGAAUUGUCAGGUGGGGGGUGGAGGGUGGGAACAGUUCUAAAAACCCCAUUCAACUUUUGGAAUUACCGGUAGUUGUAGUUCUUUGGGUCCUGGCCUACUAUGUCUGUUAUUUUUUAAUAACCUACUAAAAAUGUUUGCGUUCUUAACUUUAAACCCACUAAUUUAUUCAGUAAACAAAUCUAUUUUCACACUUAACACAUACUCUGUUUUAAUUUUUUUUUAAACAGACACCAAAUCCCGCGGCAAGCGAGUUUAUUCCUAAAGGAGGAUCAACCUCCCGACUCAGUAAUAUGUCACAGUCAAAUAUAUCUGCCUUCUCUCAAGCCUUGUUCUCUCAUCCUUCCAUGGGAGGUCCUGCAAACGCUGGGCUAGCUCCAGGUAAGCUUAGAGUAAUUUAUUUACACUAGCUUAUGAAUCACAGUAGCACUAGGGAAGCUUAUUCCAUCUAGGAACCGACUCUUCCUAAGCUCUAUUUAUUUAAAGUCUUACAUAGCAGCUGUGCCAUCUUCAGGCGUUUGCUAUCAGUUUUGUACCUGCACUUUGCACAUUUCAGCACCUUAAGUGUAAUUCUUGCAGCCGUCAAGGUUUCCUGCAGCAUCUUAGCAUUACCAAGUUUUAGAAGGAGCUUGUAAUCUUUGUUUGCAACCGUUAUUUAAGGGGUCUCUCUUAACUAAAUUCAUUUUCAGAAUAUUUAGAACUAUCAUUAACAUUUUAUCUGAAAAAUGGAAGUACAAGAUUAUCUUGGAGGUAUAAAAACACCAACCUACCAGGCAAAGGACAACUCCCCACCUCACCUCCAAAGCCUAUGAAUAGCUCCCAGCAAAGAUAAUAUGUGAACAUGUUUAAAGCCUAUAAACCAGGAAGACUAGAUCAGACUAGAUCAGGGUAGUCAACAUUUUUAUACCAACAGCCCACUAGUGCAUCUUCCUUGAUGGUAAAAUUUCCUUACCGCCCACCAGUGCUCGAUGGAAGGAGGAUUCAGCUUGUGCCAUAGAACCCCCUACCGCCCACCUAGAAUCCUGAAACACCCACUAGUGGGCGGUAGGGACCAGGAUGACAACCCCUGGACUAGAUUAUAUGCAUUCAGGGCUGUUGGAAGGAAGGAAGGAACUUCUAAGUAAAAACGAUGGAGAAGAGCAGUGAACCGAGUGUGCGGGAAGCAGGACGCCGCCCUCUAUAAAAGAUUGACAAAUGAAACAUCACACAUUGUUAAAGCAAUAAUGUGAAGAUAAUAGUAAGUGAGCAAGAAGAAUCUAAGGUUAUGGGACCACCUGUUAAAAUGGAAUAACCCGGCUUUGGGGGCAGAGUUGCUUUCAAAGUAGUACUAGGUACAUUAAUUUUCUAAUUGUCAGUUUCAUCUGCUAUAUCUUGUUAGAUAAUAUCGUUGGGAAGGAGUCGUUUAACAAGCCCUGUAAGUGGAAGAUCCCCACAAUCACUUGCACUUGCACAUGACUUUCUUAACUUGUCCCUUGCUCCCCUUCCCCCUCCCCCCAAAAAUAUAUGGCGUGGGGGGCGGGUUGGUUGGAAAAACUCUCAGGGGAGGGGAGAUUGUUUCCAUCGGACAAACUGAGAUGCUUGCACAGAUGUUAAUGCUGGCCAUAUCUCAACUUUGAAUUCCACCCUUUGUUAUCUUGUGAGCCACCCUGAGAUCUUUUGACGUAAAUCUAAUAAAUAAAAUAAUUUGUUUCCAUAUGAUCGUGGCUGUAGGUCACAUACAUGACUGCAGAAACUUUAGCUACCUCAGAGUUUUCAGUACCCAGGUUUGGGGAAGUGGGUGGAGGUGGCUAAACAGGUUUAUAUUUGCAAUGUGCAGUAUGCAAACAAGUUCUCUAGAUAGCAUAGCUCUUAACUCCAUGUACCAUGGAAAUAGCAUCUCCGUUUUUCAUGCUGCAAAGCAGCUGCCUUAUUCUCUAGUGCAGACAAAAACUAGUUUCACUUUCAAGUUUGGGGCAAUCAGCGACAUUUAUUUUAAAAAGAGGUCUAUUGUCAGACCCAUCUUAGGGAAGCAACCUUAGCCUGUCUUGCAUGAUGGGAAAUAAUUGAGGAUUGAGGAGGAAAAUUAAGCCUCAGAGUUUUAUCAUAAGUAGUUACCUUGAAAAUAUGAAUCUGCCUUAAAUGAAGUCCAUUUAUCUGCAUAGUCCAGUGCUGUCAACUCUGGCAGUUUCUCUCCAGGAUGAUGCCUAGGAUUUUUCCAAAGCCUUUCUGCCCAGAAAUGUCAUGGAUCUUAAACCUGGAUCUUGUUCAUACCAAGGUUUUUCUUUAGCAGUGAGCUAUGGCUUUUCCUGUGUGCCCCCUCCUUUCUGCGGCAGCACCUCAUGCCUCAUACUGCUUUAAGAAGGGGGCUGAGAAGCUUCUAUGAAUAGCACACAUGGUGCUUUGAAUCCUACAGUUUGUUUUUAUUUAAGUUUGGAAAAAACACUUAACAUCCAUAAUCAUAGUCACAGGAAACAUUGUAGUUUUAUAGUAUGUAUGUAUGUAUGUAUGUAUGUAUGUGUAAAUAAAUAAUAGAAUGCACAUCAUAUUUGGUUUCAGUGCUGAGUAAGUAGUACCUAGUUAAUAAAUUUGUCUUGACACUGAGUAUAGUAUGGUUAGUUUGCGUAAUCAUUGCAACCUGGUGGUGGUUUAAAAAAUAUAUAUAUAUUCUGUGUAGGUGUCUAUAUAAAUCGUUACAAAUUAUAUGGCACAGACCUCAGUAUUUUCCUUUCAGAUGAUUCUAGUUUGGUUUAAAUAAGGCGUGGGGAAUGUUUUUAGCUCCAUGGGCCAGAUUCUUAUAAGGAUCUGCCUUGCAGGGCAAAUUUUGACAGGUGUCAGUCAACUGAUACCAGGGAAUUUGGUGCUUUGAAGUCCCAGGAUUUCAAAGCAGGCAACAAGGCUGUGAAAGUGAAGGCUUCUUCCUUCCUUUUGCAGGAAAAACCUUUCCUUUAGCAGCGCCUUGCUGUCUGCUACAUGCACAGUCAAAAUGAGCAGGUUAGGGGGCAUGAUAGUUGCCUGCAGGUAAACCUCAUGUACCCAGACCAAGCAGGAUCCCCCUCAAUACAUCAGCCAAUGCACCAUUGGGUGGAGGGGAUCAUGCUUAGCAAAGGGGGGCGUUGCAUAAGAGAGCUUCCUGCAGGUUGCUCUCUUGUAUGCCUGGACCAAGCAGAAUUGCCCUCCUUUCACAUCAGGGUGGUUUAAGCAAGCGGGCAGGUGGUUGCAGUGGAGAAGUAGAGCAGACUCUUCUCCCUUACCCUUCUGUCACUGGCUCUUCUUAAAGACAAAGUGCAAGUUACUCCAAAUAGUCCUUUUACAAAGGGCUUUUAUCACUGCUCAUCAGUGAUGAGCAGGGAUUAAAUCCUGCUGUUUUGGCUGCAUGAUCCUGUUCCUUGCUUGGGAAUAGGCCAUACAGCUAAUGUAGGAGGAAUAAACCAUCUCCUCCCAUCCAUCAGCUGUCCGGUGGGUGGAUGUGGUUUGGAGUAAUUGGCCUGACAAGCCAAUCUUGGCCCACCAAUUGGAAGUUCCCCAUCCUUGGUUUAAAGAGUACUGUGGCAGUACCUGGCGCUUUUUGUCUGCCAUAGCAAAGUGGCACAAUUAGAUGGAGUUGUAAUUGAAUAGCUUGAAAAUGUUGCAAAUAUUUGCUGUUGCUUUUCUCACCCUUUGGGCAAAAGUUGGUAUCUUUGUGGCUAACCAUUUCAUUUGAAUCUUACAUGUAAACUGGGAAGUUUUAAAACACCUUGUCCAGCUGUCCCAGGUCUGUUUUUAUCUGCAAGGAAAUAUACCCCCCACCCCAAGCCUUGGAGUCUGUUAUGGCUGCAAAUGCCUUUUCACUGCAAGUCUUCUUUUUUCCUUUUAUUUUCAUAAGGAAUGUCAUUGUCAGCAGGAUCUUCUCCCCUUCAUUCCCCUAAAAUUACUCCUCACACGUCUCCUGCUCCUAGACGAAGAAGUCAUACACCAAACCCAGCAAAUUACAUGGUGCCUACUAGUGCCUCUACGCCAGUUACUAAUGCUGUCUCCCAGCCGCCAGCUGCUGGCCAGGUGAUUCAGAAGGAAACUGUGGGUGGCACAACCUAUUUCUAUACUGACACAACUCCAGCACCUGUAACUGGAAUGGUGAGAAUUCCGUUUUAUUUAUGAAGGUAUUUGUUAUAAUCCAUAAAUUAAUGCUGGUAUUCCAUAUAGUAAUUACCACAUUUCCAAGCUUGAUUUGCAUCUUGGCUGUUCCUGUUGACUGCCACUGUGGCUUCCUUUUCUGUCUUGCAAAGCUUUCCUAUUUGCACACAGUUGGAGAAAUAAUUUAUAUACUGCCCUUUAUCUCAGAAUAUUAUAUUAUUAACAAGUAAAUAAUAAAACCACAGGGCAGUUUACAGUAUAAACACACAGAAAUACAUAACAUACCAAGAAACUAAACAACCUGCAUGAGGCCAUAGACCAUUUAAUUAGCCAAAGGCCUGUCAGCAAAGGAAUAUUUUGGCCUGGCACCUAAAUAUUUGUAAUGAAGGUAUCGGAUUAGCCCCCCCUGGAGAGAGCAUGGCACAGAGAAGGGCUCGGAUGAUGAUCUCAGGGUCCAGGGCAGUUCAUAUGGGGAGAGGUGGUCAGAAUAAACCAUGGUUUAUCAUGAUGGGAAUGAACCUACAUGAGCCUUGGACUUAAGUAUGGCUGCAAGUAAGAGUGGAAGCUUCCUAUUUCAAUUAACUUUCAUUUAGCAUUCUAUCCAAACCCUAAACUGGUCAAUAAUUAUGGUUUGAAAUUGGCUUUUUUCCAUACAAAGCUUAGUUUGAAUGAUAUGAAAAACUCCAGAAACAGAAAUGAAAGCUUCCAAACUCUUUCAUCUGUGUAGUAGAAGAGUACGUGAGUCUGAGGCUUGUUGAGUCUCCUUCCUUUCAUGAUAAACUGAUUAAAGAGCAGUAUGGGGAGAGCCAUAGGUCUGCUGUCGAUCACAUGCUUUUGCAUACGCAAUGUUCUAGGUUCUGUUCCUUACAUCUUCAUUUAAACUCUUUCUGGUAGCCAGGGAAAGAUCUCUGGCUGAGACCUUCUUGCCUACUGGAGUAGGCACUACUAGACCAGAAAGACCAAUGAUCAGAUUCUGUAGAAGGCAGUUCCAUGUUCUCUAGAAAUCUAGGAGCCUAGACUAGGUGGCAUCAGAGAUUCCUUCUAUGUGAGAUUGUAUGCGCAGCUUUGUUGGCUUUUUAUUUUAAGGCCAUUGCCCCCUAAGAAAACCAGACAUGCUCUCUGACAUGGCAGAAUCUGUUGUAUCUUGAGCCCUUAGGCCAGGUAACAGCAGCGUUUGGCAAACUUUGUGCAUGACUUGGGUAGUUUGCCACCAUGAUGCUUUCAUUAGAAUGUUAGAUACUUUCUUAAGUAUAAGAUAAAUACAACCUAUUCCGCCACCCACUCUGUUAGUCUUUAUAGUCUAUCUAUCUGUCUAUCUAUGUUACCCCACUGUUCAGCUCUGAGAAUCUAGGCUAGUGACACUUAAAAGAAUUAAUGAACAAUAACAGCAUCAGCUUAAAAAAAUUAAUUUCAAAAAAUAUAACACAAAAAGUUGAGUAAGUAUCAGUUUAAACUAAAAUUCAAUGAAGGAUUAAAGCCUGGGCUUGGUACCAAUCAGUUUCAGCACCAUGCUCCUCCAUGAAUGGGGUGGUGCUACCACUGAAGACUCCCAAGCUGCCACCUGCCUUAUCUCCCUAAGCCAGGGGCACUCUGAGAAAGGCUUUUGAGGAUGGUUAUAGGACAUGUGCAGGCUUGGGGUGUGCAUUUUAUGUAGCCCUUAUUACCUAACCAGAUUCUUAUUCCUUAUGCUGACCCUGUACUAAUAUUUUGCACACUUUCCAUACAAACUUAUUUUUCUCCCAGAAUUUCAAGUUUGGAUUUUGAAAGUAAUUAAUUCAAAUGCUGAUGACUUUGCAGCCGCAACCAUAAGUAUACACCCAUAAGUGUGCUCAUCCUUUUUCUGAUAUGGCUUCUGUGGAACCACUUCAGAGGGCUUUUAAAAGAUCUCAUAACUUUUCAAAUCCUAAAAACUGUCUGUUCCAAAUUUUAUCUUCAAUAGGUGUUCCCAAAUUACCACAUUUAUCCUCCAACUGCGCCUCAUGUUGCUUACAUGCAGCCAAAAGCAAAUGCACCUUCCUUCUUCAUGGCAGAUGAACUCAGACAGGUAAGUUCUUUCUAGUAAAAUCCUAACAGAUUUCCUUCCACCACAAAAUUUCUCUGCCACCUUCCACUUGCCCAAAGUUAUCUGCAAUGCUGUAUCAUAAAAAAAGAACUUCUUUCCUGGGGAAAUUAAUGAGAUUUAAGUUAGCAGGUAAAAUAGGUAUAUAAAAACAGAAUUGAUGGUGUUUGGGAUAUGUGUCCUCUUUGGCUGCAAUCUUAUGCACACUUGCUUGGGAGUAAAAAUACCUUUUACAUCUUACCUUUGCCAACCACACCAUGGCAGAAGUCUGUGCAAAAGUUAUUCUUGUUAGCAGCAGGCCUAACUUUUUAAAGAUUUCCUACACACCCAGUAUUGGCAGAACAGAUGAUGAAUCAAUUUGAAGCAGGGUUGGCUUACUGUCUCUCAGAUAUUGUUGGAAUACAACCCCUAUCAUCCCUGUCUGCUGGUCAUGCUGGCUGGGGCUGAUGGUAUCUUUGCUACAAGGUGACUUUUUCAAAGCCAUCCAUGCCAUGGAAAAUGCCUUAUUAAAGAAACUUAACCCACUGCCUCUUCACCUUUUCCAUAUCUGCUUUUUGGAGUGGGCUGCCAAGUAUGUCUGUUCUUGCUGUGAUAGUUUGAAACCUUAGGGCUCUUCCUGCAGCAUUGCAAUUUGUCUUGCCUGCCUCACUGCAAAUUUAAAGCACUUUCUGUUAUAUCAGACUCCAUCUGGCGAGACUGAGUUAGAACUCAAAAUCAUCUCAGUAAAUUGGAAACAUUUUCAGCAAAAAGUAGAAACUUAAUAGGCACAAAUGCAAGUCUCUUCUUUACUAGAAACAGAUUGCUGCCAAAGAAAUGUGGGUCAGUCAAGUAACAAUACGGAAAAGGGCCUUAACCUUAGUUUAAAACAAAGUUUGCCUACGCAUCACUAUAUGGCCUUGCAAAAUAAUCACGAGGGAUAUAAAAGGCGACUUCUGUACUCUGUGCUGUGUUCUGAUUUGUUGAGACCUUUGGAUUACCAUGUUCAGUACAUAGUUUACUAGCCUGCUUUUUACUCAUUAGAAGUCUGAUGGAGAACAGGUCAGCCUGGGCUCCUUUGGGAGGAAGGUCAGAACAGAAAUUUCAUAAACAGAGUUCUGUCCUUCCCCCAGCCGCACACUCACUUUCCUGGAUGCAAUUCUUCAUCAUUUAUCAUGAAUUCAAAGCCACUCCUGAUUGCAGUGUGAUAGAAGAUAGGAGUUGUUAAUGUCUGCCAUUGAGCAGAGUAGAUUGAGAGUAGCUUCAUUAGUGUUCAGAUGAAAUGAUGGUUGCCCUGAGAAGGAUAGAGACUGGCAAUGUAUAUAUGGGGGACAAGAAAUAAAACUUGAACUGCAGUCUUGGCUAGGCUUUAGAAAUACCAUUCUACAAUGAAAGAAGAGCAGAACCUUGGUUCAGAUUCCCCAGGAUGCAGAGGUCUGUGGUGGAGUUACCUGAAGAUCAGGUUUGACAAACAAUUCGAUGGGGCUGGUUCAGGCGGGUUCAGUAGAUGAACUGACUGAGUGACUAUAGGGUCUCUUAAGGGUUGCUUCCAGCCAUGUCCUUAGACAAGGGUAGCUUUAGUUAGGGAUUCUGCUUCUAUAAGGGGGUUCUGAUAGUCCAAGUCCUUUUUCAGGUCUGUUUCUAUGGUUUUGUGAUUAACCGAAGCAGCAUAUAAGAAACAGCAAACUAGAAUUUCAUGUCCUUAUUGGUAAGACUGCCAAAAUGUAUUCCUAUAGGAGCUGAUCAACAGACACUUAAUUACAAUGGCUCAGAUAGAUCAAGCAGAUAUGCCUGGUAAGUAACUAAAGAUCCUGAAUUUAAAUUGCAUUUUUAAGCCGGUCUUUUGCUUGCUGUGUUUGCUACCGCAGUUAGAUAUAUGAAUAAUCAAUUUGCAUAUUAAAGCAAAGCCAUUCUGAAUGCAGGAUUGAAUAUAAUCCAGUGGAGUCUCUGUAUUAGGUUCUUUCAAGCUCCUUUUCAAUGUAUUUAUUCAGUAGUGCACAAUCCAAACUUUAUUUAUUUAUUUAUUUCUUUAAAUAAUUUGUAUAAUGCAACCCUGAGGAAAUGUUUGUUAUGUGGAUGACACAGUCUGUGAAAAUAAGUACUGUACAAAAUCUCUUGUGCUUCAGUGGAUCUCUUCUGUCUUUUGUUUAUUUGUUUUUCUUCUUCAAAAAACAAAAUGCAUCAUAUUUGAAAUUCAAAGUGAUAUAUAACAAAAAGUUUUGCAAAAUGACAUCAUAAUAACGUAUGAAACUAGGUUUGCUGCAGACAUGGCUGGGAUCACUCCUUUGGGGUGGCCUGUCUGAAUAAAAACGUCUUCGGUUCUUAAUGAGUGCCAGUUACUGCACUUGAUUUAGAUGUGAACUGCUAUACUGAAUCUCAUCAGGGUGCUCCCAAGACAAAUUUAACAAUGUCUCUGUGCAUAAGGCUCUGUCAGGUCUCCGAUUUUCCCAUUCAGUGCAUCAAAGUCUACAAUGUGUUCAACAAGUCAGGAAGAAAAGCUUGCCUUAAACUGGUAAUGUAAAAUUAAAACUCCCAUAAGUAUCUUCUAGUAGAGUUUACCCUUCAGGUUUACACACUCUUUCCUACCCCAUCUAUAAAAUAUGUGAAUCAGUAUCUUAGUGCAAAUACUGAACACGCUUUUCUUCAGUAUUGGAGAUUUCUGAAUUUUCCAAAGCAAACCUGCGUGUUGUGGUAAAAGUUGUAUAGGAUUUGCAUCAAAGUUUGUUGUCAGAGCUUUGUUACAGUCUUCUAAACCUGUGUGUGUGUGUGUUGUCUUGUCUUGUCAUUGAAUUGCUUUGUCUAUAAUAACUCUUUUCUUCAUAAUUUUAAGUAGUGUCUAAUGUAUUUCCGUAAACUGGUUUAGCUGUCCCAACAGAAGUUGACAGCUACCACAGCCUUUUCCCUUUGGAGCCACUGCCACCACCCAAUCGGAUACAGAAAACAAGCAACUUUGGGUAUAUAACAUCAUGCUACAAAGCUGUAAAUAGCAAAGAUGAUCUGCCAUAUUGCCUUCGGAGGAUACAUGGUGAGGGAAAUUACAAGUUCUCAUAUUUUAAAAAUUCAGUUCUACCAGUACUUAAGCCUUAAAACAUUUGUGUUUCUUUGUCAAUAAACCUCAAACUGGAUUUAAAAUCAAAUUGUUCCUUUUAAAUAAUGGAAUGGAAUUGGGUAUGGCUAAUAAGCCAUAAAGGAGACUAUGAUCAGAUGUGUGUUUUUGGGGUUGUGUCUUUUGCUCGCACUCUGGUACUUUAGAAUAAAUGUGCAAGCGACAUUAAAAUAGUCAAAAAUCUUUGAAAUGUGAAAGAUUUUCUUUCUCAGGUUUUCGUCUUGUUAACACAAAGUGCAUGGUGCUGGUUGACAUGUGGAAAAAAAUCCAACACUCAAACAUUGUCACAUUGCGAGAAGUAUUCACCACUAAAGCAUUUGGAGAACAUUGUAAGUUUCUUAUUUUUGAGAUGUUAGCCAAUCGUAUUGGAAGACUUGCAUCAAUUGCAUAGCUAAUUCUCACCUCGGACUUUUUUUGAAAAGCUCUUGUGUUUGCCUAUGACUUCCACGCUGGAGGAGAGACUAUGAUGAGCAGACACUUCAAUGAUCCUAGUGCUGAUGCCUAUUUCACAAAAAGGAAGUGGGGUAAGGCCAGCAAAUGAGAUCUAUGUUUUUGUUUUUCCAGUGGACAGAAAUUAGGGAACUACAGUUGAAUUAUUGUAACUUUGCAUUGUACAUAGCUUUGCUGCAGUUUAGGCUUCUUGAAGUGUUCAGAACAUAAUGUAUACAUGGCAGUUGUGCUGGUUAUUGCAAACUGGUUUUGAUGCUGCAUUCACAUUGGGCUUUCAGUGUAAUACUCUAUUCCUGUAGGUAAUAUAGUUUGCUGGAUCAGGUUGGAGGACAUUACUCUCUUAGGGUAUGGCACCCCUCUCUAGUGAUGACAAGCAGGGUCCUAGAAAGCAUUUAGCGUCCAAAUGGGAGUCACCUCUUUUCCUUUACAGCAAAAAAUCUAAAGGAAAGGGGAGAGAAAACAACCCAAAGGGGAAAGCCUGCACUGACAAAAAGACGGGGGGAGGGAGGUAUCUUGCACUGAAACCCCCACGUUGCUAGGGGGCAAGAGGAAACAAAGGGGAAUGAGAGGCAGUUCAGACAUGCUAAAAGAAGAUUCUCAGAUUUAAGGCAAAAAGAAGGCCAGCAAACAAGCCAGGAAGAAGAAGAAGAAGAAGAAGAAGAAGAAGAGUUGAUUUGAUAUCCCGCUUUAUCACUACCCUAAGGAGUCUCAAAGCAGCUAACGUUCUCCUUUCCGUUCCUCCCCCACAACAAACACUCUGUGAGGUGAGUGAGGCUGAGAGACUUCAGAGAAGUGUGACUAGCCCAAGGUCACCCAGCAGCUGCAUGUGGAGGAGCGGGGACCGAACCCGGUUCACCAGAUUACAAGUCCACUGCUCUUAACCACUACACCACACUGGCAAGCCUCCGAGGAGAGCAAGCCAGACCCAGUCAUUCCCAACCACAGACUGGGUUGGCCUGAUGAGUGGGGUGGCCCUCCCACCAGAUAGGAGGCAAAAGACUUUCUAGGACCCCACCUGUCAUCACCAGAGAGAGCUGUCAUUCCCUAUCAGAGGAACGUCCUCCAUCCCAAUCCACAAACUAGAAUUCACAGUAAGAAUUCCCAUGAAGACUAAGGUAUUCAAUGCAUUCGUUUUUUCACCCUAAGGACUUUUGACUGUACAGUGAAAGUUCUCUUCCCUCUCCUUUUUCAUUCACCCCAUAAAUCUGAUCUGAGUUUCUCCCAACCCUUUGGAGCAUGGUGGGUUGAGUUCAGUUGAUUGCAGUGUGGCUUGGGGGUUUUUUUUUUUGCGGGGGGUCCUAGGUUGUUGGGUCAGGUUAGCCAUUUGUAUUGGUGGUGUGGUUUUUUAAAAAGAAGCAUUUGUACAAAGGGCAAAACUUACGGAACGUAACUGUGUGUGUGUGUAGAAACAGGGUUUUGUUGUAUUUUUCUCAUUUCCUUUAAUUUGCAUUUGGCAGCACAAGGCUUCGUAUUAAGAUAGGGUCUCUUAGUACAUUGUGCUUUAAACAGCUUCAUCACUUGUUAGUAAAACUGGUAUUUGACAGUUAAAGGAAGAGAAUUGUGGUUACAUGGUGGUUUUUCCACAUUGUAUUCUGCUGUCACCAUGUGGUUAGUCUUUUUUUUGCCUUGUCAUUUGUUAACACCAUCCAGAAUUUUAUUGUCUAGGAUGUGGUAUAUUAAAGUUUUCUGACAAAUGAAUGAAGGCAUAACAGGUUCGGUUUAUUUCUGCACUGAACACCUGUGAACCAGGGGCUACUGGUGCCACGGUUAACAUCCCUUGAAUGUGGCAGCCCCUGUUGGUUUGAGCAGGAAGUUGCUUAUCUUCAAACCGGAACAAAAACCCAAACCACUAGAGGGGAGGCAGGGGGGAGAUGCAGAAUUGAAAGCAAACAUUUAAUGUGAUCAGGCUUACUGAAAGAAACAAAAUCCAUUUUUAACCAGUUUCUAGAUGUACUAUUGAUUUCACACAACGGACUGAACCAGUUUUCCACAAAUCCACAGCAGAUUGAAGGCAGCAGUGUGUGUUUCCUAAAUUGCUGUGUUUUGUAGUUACUAAAAGUAUUUCCUCAUUCAGUAUUGCUUGUGUAAAGAUCUUCACUUUUGUCAGGCUAAAAGUAGAAAGUUUAUUCCGGAAAUGCUGUAUUUCUGAAUGUGCUCAAGAGGCAUUUGUAUGCACAUCUGUGUGACCCAUCAAGGUCGGUUAGAUUAUAAUUGUCUGAAGACCCUCACACAAGUAUGGCAAACUAAAGGGGGGGGGAUACUCCCUGCAGUUAAAGUGCACUUCAGGGGGGUAGUUGCAGGAGAAAGGUCAUGGCAAAUGGUAUGUUUGCACUGCACAGUAGCUAAACUGCUCUGGUACCAAACACCAAAGCUGCUCUUCAAACCUGGGGUACUAAAGAGCUAUUUGUGGGAAGUGAUCUUUGAGUGGAAUUCCUCUUGAGGGCAAUGUGCAUGAUACAUGCCUUUGAAUCACAACUCAGAUCUACAUUGUAUUUGGGCUUCAUUAUUCACAGUUUUGGCAUUAACAAACACACCCAAACACCAUUCCUUUUCUUCAGAACUCACGUCGUAUUAACCUGCUUGGCUAUCUUUGAAAAAGAUGGGGAGUUUUUGAAAGAUAAUAGCUGUAGUAUAUUGCCAGAAGUACAUUAUUUGCUCAGCAAAGUGCUUGAUUCAUUGAAAGGUUCUUAAAGGGUUACUGUCAAACGUCAGUCCUGAAACAAAACCUUAGGACGAAAAAUGUGGAGUGUUCCAAAUCUAAUGAGUCAUAGUAUUUGUUGCUUGUGCAUUUGAGCAUAUGUUUUAAACAUGCGAUGGGAUUUGGGUUCAUUAACUUGGAUACCUUUUUUGUUUUUAUAUGGAAAUGAAGAAACAACAUUGAUUCUGAUGUAGUAUGAAUAAGGGCUUUGGCAGUGUAUCUUUGCUUCUUUGCUUGCUUGGUACAUUUGGAGAGCCCUGCUCGCUGUCAGGCCAGUAGCCCAUCUAAUCCAGUCUGACAUAAUAUAUAACUAGAAAUGCUUGUGAUAAGGUCACAAGCAGGGCAUGGUGCCAGUAAUGCUGCCCCUUUGCUGCCAUCCAGCAACUGGUGCUCAGUGGCACACUGCCUCAAACAUUAAUAUUCUGCUAAGCCAUCUUUGCUAAUAGCAAUUUAUGGGUAAACAAAUGCAUAAUCCACCUUUAAAGCUGCUUAAGCUGGUGGACGGUGCAACAUCUUGUGGCAGCCAGUACCAAAAAUUAAUUAUGAUACACUAAGGGAUUGUAGCUGCACAAUAAAAUUCCACCUUUAUACAGUCUGUCUUACUUUUAGUACAAUUAAAAGUAAAACAAAACGGCAGUUGUAAUUGGGUUGGGUGGGUUGUUCUUACAAUUGCCAGUUGCUUUGAAAUAAAGCAGAUAAUGAUUUUAAUUAACUAGCAUUUUGAAAGAAAUUUUGUAUUCAUUAUCCAAACACUUACACAGCUGAAAGUUGUAGAUUUCAUUCAUUUCCCAUUCUUCUGAUAGGUCAGCAUGAUGGACCUUUGCCACGGCAACAUGCGGGGUUGUUGCCAGAAUCCCUGAUUUGGGCCUACAUUGUGCAGCUCAGCUCUGCAUUGCGGACCAUUCAUACAGCAGGAUUGGCCUGUCGGGUAAUGGACCCCACCAAGAUUCUGGUAACUGGAAAAACAAGGUAACUUGAAAUACGUUUUACCAUUGCAUUGUUGAUAAUCCAAGGUGGUGAAGCCAGCUAAAUUUUAGGAACAUAGAUGCAGAGCUUCUCCCCAAGGGCAAGCUUGUUUUGGAGCGAGAAAAUAGAAAUGGUGCUAUUCCCCUAGUUUGUGAAAACUGUAGCCACGAAACCUGCCAAAGUUCAAUUGAACAAAGCCAGAGGCUAUCGUGCUAGGUGAUUUUACAUUCAUUUUAAAAUACUGGAUAAGUCUCGUCUGGUUGUAGCUGGUUUUUUCUCGCUGUCCUUGCCCCUUCCUGAAAGUAUGUUCUGUGAAAUAAAAUAAAAAAGGAGAGAGCUAUGAUUUUUGUUUGUUAGGGAAAAAAUGAUUUGGAAAGAAGGCCACCUAGAUAGUCCAACUCUGCCACUUGCACGUUUAUUCUCACAGUCAAAACACUGAGAAUGACAGUCCAUGUUUACUUCCACAUCCCUCCCCCUUAUCACUCUGAUUGGAGGGCCCCCAGAAAAUAAAUCACCGUGAUUCAAAGCUGCACCUGUUCAUCAGAACAAAAGAUCCCCCCCAGACACACUCAGAAACUUUGGGAGUCUCUUAUCCGAAUCAAGACACCUUGGCAAUGCUCUGAGAACCUUUCCUGCAUCAUCCCAAUUUUCCUCAUAAUUUGGGGUGUGCACAGAAUCAGUGCACCCUCAUUCUACCCUCACAGAUUGAUAAACCAUUGGUAUUAAUACCAGUUUGUUAGCAAAACUUUGCUGAUGUAACUAAAAAAGUCGCAGAGCAAGUCUAACAAGCAGACUAAGGAGUUUUAUAAUUCUCUUCUCCUAUAUAAUCCUUCUCCCGUCAAGGUUGCGAGUGAACUGCGUUGGAGUCUUUGAUGUGUUAACAUUUGAUAACAGCCAAAACAAUCCCCUGGCCCUCAUGGCCCAGUAUCAGGUAAGAUCACAAUAUUGUCCCCUUUACUUCAUGUUAUUUGGUUAGUGAAUAUUCAUCAAUGAUUGCAUUAUUUUUAUCUUGCUUUUUCCCUUCCUUAAGAACAUUUGGUGUUGACAUGCUUUUCUUUACUUUGGAUGAACUUUAUUAAAGCAGCCUCCUCUACUGGUAGCAUUAAAACAUAAAAUAUUUGCCUUUACAUAUAGGCAAGGACUGCUGUUCAUUAGUUGCCAUUACAAUUUAUGCCGCACUAGCAGUGCUUUGCAAAGUUUUGGAAGCAAAAUGCAGGCAAGUCCCUGCCUCUGUAACGAACUUACAAUCUAAGAUAGAGAGUGCGUGGAAAACAGAUUAGAGCAAAGGGUAGUGAGGAAUACAUUUGAAUCAGCGAUAUCAAACUUGGGUAUAUUGUGCAUAAAUUUAAAGAAAUGUCUCAUCCUUUCUAAAACCCUCUUCAACAACAACCAAUAAUGGGAGAUGGGAGGAAGUCUAGCUGAUUCUCAGAACUAAAGAAACACCUUAGCUUUGUCAACAACAAUCACACUAACUUCUUCCAGAUGGAAUAGAGAGCAAGCAAGUUUGCCAUAAAACCAAGUUGUUUUUUCUUCUUUGUCCUUAACUUUCCACUAAAUGAAAAACACCUCAGUCCAGCCGGUAAAGCACAAUAUAUAUUGUUAAGUUUACAACUGUUUUACAUGUUCACCUCUUUGUUUGGAAAGGAUUCUCUUCACCUGUUGGCAGAAAAGUGAGAGGGCUGUGUAGGUAGGCAUACAUACUUUGGACAUCAACUUUAGGAAAAUAGGGCCAAUUGUUCCUGUGAAGUACUGCAUUCAAAAAGCCAAUUAAUUGUUUUAGGACUUGAAACUUGAAGACAAAGCACCACUAUAUGCUUUUGCAAUGCAUAUAUUUGUAAAUUUAAUUUUUAAAAAAAUCUGAAAAGAAUAUUUAGCUUUCCAAGGUAUGUAUAGUUGCUUGAAGUGUAAGUUAAGGGAGGGGGAGGGAGAAAGCAAACUGGAUGUUGGGAUUGAUGGAGAAUAGUGAAUUGACCUGCUCACAGCCCUAGUAGCUUAUAGUAAGUGUUCUAAAAGGGGAAUAACAUUUGUGGGGAGGGACACAUGUCCUGAGGUUAAUGUCCUCCCCGCCUUGCACUGUACACUUUCGGGUGGAAAGAAAGAGAAAACGCCAUGGUUCUCAUUCUCCAAAGGCCUCCCCCUCUUAAACAACUAUUUAAAUGCGCAGAUUCAGGGCUGGCUGUCGGCACCAAACAAAGCCCUCUAGCUUUGCAUAGCACAGCAAAGAAAAAGGUAUCAGAACAGAAAAAAUGAAUUUUCUUCCUCUCUCCCCUCCCCCUCCAUAGUGAUGCAAAUUGGGUAAAGGAGAGAGUUUUAAGUGGAGCUGAACUUGAUUAUAUGGCAUCAUAUUUCUUAAAAGAAACAUAUGUGAUUAAGUGGUUUGUGAUAAUUUUUUUCAGUUUUGAGCAUUAUGUUAAAUUGGUCCCAUCUAAGGUAUUCUUAUCUCUCCCCCCCCCCCCCAAUGCUAGGAAAGCUAAUGAUAUUCUACUGACCCUGGUUAGACUUAUUUGUUCACUUUUCUUUAGCAAGCAGACUUGAUCUCCCUUGGGAAGGUGGUGUUGUCUUUGGCUUGCAAUUCUCUGGCAGGAAUUCAGAGGGAGAAUUUGCAGAAAGCAAUGGAACUGGUGACAAUCAACUAUUCCUCUGAUUUGAAGAAUCUUAUUUUGUAAGUUACUUUGAAAUCAACUUAUUUUUAAACUAGGCUAAAACGUGCCAGUGACAAUUUGCUUACGGUUUGUUCAUGCACAUUGUUAAAUUGGGAGUGGCGGUUCAUGUGAUGUUUCUACAUCAAAUGUGUGUGCACAAGAUCCUCUCUUCCGUGAUUAGUUUGACCUUGGUACAGCACCUAUGUGGAAGGAUUUCUGUAUGACUGUUCAGAUAUAGAGGGAUGGCGGUGAGUGGGGAAGGUGUAGGAAGAAAAUUAAUUUACCCUCCUAAUUAGGAACGUUGUGUAGCUGAAUCUCUUGAGUUGCUGUUGACUUGUGCUGAAAUUAGCAUGAACUUAAAAAAAAAUUCUUGUCCUUAACCUCGAACUUAAGCAUUUUUCAGAUCCUAAUAUAUUUGUUGUUAGUAAAAGACAGAGGGCCUUCUCGGUAGUGGCGCCCACCCUGUGGAACACCCUCCCUUCAGAUGUGAAGGAAAUAAGCAGCUAUCCUAUCUUUAAAAGACAUCUGAAGGCAGCCCUGUUCAGGGAAGUUUUUAAUAUUCAACGCUGUACUGUUUUUAACACUUGAUUGGGAGCCGCCCAGAGUGGCUAGGGAAACUCAGCCAGAUGGGUGGGGUAUAAAUAAUAAAUUAUUAUUAUUAUUAUCAUCAUAAUAUCGGAGUUCAAAUUCCCAUUCUGCCAUGAGGCAGUCGCAACCUAAUCUGCUUUACAAUAUUGUUGUGAGGAUAAAACAUUGGGACCAGGUGUGCUGCCUGAAGUUCUUGGAAGAAGAGCAGGAUAAAAGGAAAAAUGGAAAACAACUUUGCAGUACAUCAUCAGCCAGUCACAUAAAUAUAGCCUCGAAUGUCACCUCCUAAUGGUGCUACUGUCUUUCACAUAGCUGCAGUGGUGUUAAAUGUUCUGUAUAUGAAGUAGAGCUUUGUGCCAUAUUUUCGCUUUUAUAGAUUAAUAAAAUUAGCAUUCACAGAUGGAACCUCUCUUAAAAGAAACUUAUUUUUUUAGCCCUGUUUCUAAAGUAACUUUUAAAAACUGCCUUGUUAGGUAUUUGCUGACUGACCAAAACAGGCUUCGAAGUGUAAAUGAUAUCAUGCCUAUGAUUGGUGCAAGAUUCUAUACUCAGUUGGAUGCUGCCCAAAUGAGAAAUGAUGUAAUAGAAGAAGACCUUGCAAAGGUAAAUGCGAAGAUAAUGCACAUUCAUCUCUAUUUUCUUAGGGAAGCUGAUAUUGCCAACAGGUUCCCAAAGUCUGUAAAUGUAGUACGAUUGAGACCUGCCCAUCUUGCCAUAGGGUGAUGUACCCAUCUGCCCCCCCCCCAUUGCUGUUUAAAUGAUAAGGCAUUUGGGAAGAUACUGUGUUACAGAUCAGUGGUUUUCCAGCCUCAGAGUCUCCACAAAUUUCACUUUGAUCCAUACAUAUUCACAUACCUCAUUGGCUAAUAAUCCUAUUUAGUGGAAUGGUAAAGCAAUUAACUUCUGCCCAUUUUAGAAAGGCAAUGGUGAGAUGCAAGGUAUCUCAGCUAAGAUGCUAACUGGCUGGCAGUGUUUGAAACUCCCAUUUUUCUAGAUGCAUUUUGAGAUAGGCAAUUGCAUUAGCACGAGCAGUUUCUGAGCUUUGGAUGCAGUACUGCGCCUAAGAUUUAGGUUUAAACUGCAGAGUGGAAGGAAAGGAGGACCUUUUCCUGCCUUCCCACUUCCAGCUACUCGCUGAAGACUAGAGAAGAGACCCUCUUAAGAAUAUUAGGGGGGUGGGCAGGGGAAGGACUAGACCAUGUGAAAAAUGAACAUAAUAUUUUAGCUGCAGUUCAUUCAUUUUCAGCUUCGUAUUGUUGUUAUGAAAAAGCGCGCCUAGACAUUCCGUUGUUGUGCCCAUAACAUGGGUUUAAGGUGCCAUUUAGCUCCUAGCUUUCAUAUCUCAGUUUCUAACACUGCCUGCCGAAGGGCACCUUGCCCUGCAGUGGUCUUCAAAUAACAGCACUGAUUGGAGCUCAAAAUGGAUCUUGGAGGCAUGAUGGAAAUCGCUGCCCGGUGUUGUGAUACAGCCUUCUGAAAAAUGAAGGCAAACCUACUACUUAGAUCAUAAAGAUGUGGAGGUAUAUGAAAGUAUACUAGUCCUCCUCUGUUCUGUGAUUAUCAAGCAAGGUGUGAUUUCCUGAAUAGUCUUUUUUAAGAUUAAAAGUAGAUAAGGAGGUCUCUCUCCAUUUUGUAUGGAGUGCAAAGACUUAAGUUGAACUAAGUUCUCAUUAAAAUCAACAUGACAGACAUUAUUUAAGUCCCAUUGCUUUCAAGUGAAAUGUAAGUUUUAUCCCCCCCCCCCCCCCCUGGAUCUAACUGUAUGGUUAUUUGAUUAUAAUUUAUACUUUUAAUAGAAGAGCAAAAUGUAGUGAUUGUCAAGCUUUUAUUUUUCUCUUGUCAUUUAGGAAGUUCAGAAUGGAAGAUUAUUUCGGCUUCUUGCAAAAUUGGGAACAAUCAAUGAGAGGCCAGAGUAAGGAAUUCAGCAUUUUCUGCAUCAGUGUGUUAUAAAGAGGCAUCACAAAGAGUCUUGAAUGUUCACGCAUGAUGAUGGACUUGCAAAGUAUAGAAGCCUCUGAAAGAUGGGCUAGGUUACUUUGGUCAGUUUGGUAGCACACUGUCCAGAACUUCUUUGUAUGUGAAUAUGUGUUUACCACUCACUUUUCAGUUGGAUAAUAGAUCCUGGUUUGAGGCUUGUCUGAAGAUAGAGAAUUAUUAGUGCAAGGUGAUGUUUCAUAAGUUGCAAGAUUUCAAACAAUUUUAAAACUCCAAACUAUUGGUGCAUUCUUGGGAAGGUAUUUCAGUUUUUUCUCCCAACAGCAGCAAAUACUCUCCAAGUGCAUACAGUUGCUACAGUGCCAACUCUGGAGACUGGGAACAGUAAUUGAUAAUUGUAAAGAUUGCAUUCUCCUGGACACUGUAAGUCUGACCUCAAUGACUAAUGAUGCCAAAUGUAACCUUAAGCAAUAGAUUAUUUCAUCCAGAGCAUUAGGAACUGGUAGGGAUUCCCCCCGCUUAAAAACCUUAUUAACCUGGUUUUCAAAAUCAGCUAAAUUAGGAUAUCAGGAAAGAGAUGUGCAGCAUAGUUGCUUAAGAUGCUUUUAGCCCCAUGAAAAGUUUGUUUUUAAUUUUAAACUCUGGACUGAAGGGUGUAUCACACAUUCCUCCUUCUUAAAUUGUGGUGGGGAAUAACUUGCUACAAAGCAGAAACUUCUUCAGAAAACACUUAGUCUGAGAUGUUUAUGAACUUGUACUAAGAAACCCAAAACGCUCUGUUUUACAAUAGAUUUCAGAAGGACCCAACAUGGUCAGAAACUGGAGACAGAUACCUCCUGAAGCUGUUUAGGGAUCAUCUUUUUCAUCAGGUGACAGAAACGGGCACUCCUUGGAUAGACCUCAGUCACAUUAUCUCUUGUCUUAACAAGGUAAAUGAGUGACUGUAUUUUACGUUUAUUGCAGAUAAACUAUGUAACUAGUCUGUCUUUCCUCCUCCUGUUAUUUUUAAUUGGGCUGCAAGCAAGUUGUCUUAAAGCAGAUAUGGUUCUCAAAUUGGUCUUCAGCUGUGUGUGCAGGUGAGUUCACACGGUGUGCAUGGUGUCAGUGGUGCAAAUGAGUGCUUCAUUGGCUGCAUCAGAAGCAAUGGCUCAGACAGGACACUAAACCCUAGCUCUGUGGUACAGUGAUGCAUUGCAGGGAGUCUUGGACUUGCCUGCUCCCCUCUUCAUCUGUGUUUUAAAACUAACUGGCUCUACAUCUGUCAAGGACAAAUUGUUUGUAGUUUAAACUGUGGUUUAUUGAAAUAUGCCAGGAUCAAACCAUAGUUUCUGACCAUGAAUUGUUUCCAUAAAAACCGUAGUUUAAACCUACCGGUUUGUUUUUGUCAGAUGUGACAAACUGUGCUCAGCUUAAAAAGCAAAUUCUUCCAGUUUGGUGGCUGCACUGGAGGAGGAGAAAGGAGGAAGGGGAGCACGAGCUCAAAGGUAAACCAGGCUUUCCCCUGUUGUGCUUGCUAAACCAGGCAUCCCCAAACUCGGCCUUCCAGAUGUUUUUGGGACUACAACUCCCAUCAUCCCUUACCACUAGUCCUGUUAGCUAGGGAUGAUGGGAGUUGUAGUCCCAAAACAUCUGGAGUUUGGCCUAGUUUGGGGGUGCCUGUGCUAAAUUGUGGUUUAGCUUUACAUCUGAACCCUGGCCUCUCUUGUACAUAUUCAGUGAAAAUUCUAUUGUUGUGUCUAGUUCAAAACGGUUGACCUCUUACCAUUAAAUUUAGAAGCUGAUAGGGAUCUCUUUGUUCAAUUUAGACUUUAAGGAACAAAAUGCCUAAUGCACUUAGACUAGACCAAUCCCUAUCUUUUCCCAGUCCUCUUGCCCUAAAGCUAUUUGUUGUGUUGUGUGAUUUAUGAAUGAUUGCCUGUUUUACUAUUCCCACUUGUCGUGUAAUCCCUGCAUAUGGAAAGCUACUACACGCUGAACGAUUUUGAGGGUCCUUUCAGAGAAUUCUAUAGUUUUAACUGUGCACUGUGUGACAAAGUACUUUCUUUUGUCCUGAAUCUUUCAUUGGAUGGCCCUGGGAUCUAGUAUUAUGAGGGGGAGAAAAACAUCUCCAUCCAUUCCCCGCCUCACACACAUAAUUUUAUACAGCUCUAUCAUAGGGACACGGGACUAUCUAGGGACACGGGUGGUGCUGUGGGUUAAACCACAGAGCCUAGGACUUGCUGGUCAGAAGGUUGGCGGUUCGAAUCCCCGCGAUGGAGUGAGCUCCCGUUGUUCGGUCCCAGCUCCUGCCAACCUAGCAGUUCAAAAGCACGUCAAAGUACAAAUAGGUACCGCUCCGACAGGAAGGUAAACAGCGUUUCCGUGCACUGCUCUGGUUCACCAGAAGUGGCUUAGUCAUGCUGGCCACAUGACCCAGAAGCUGUCUGUGGACAAACGCCAGCUCCCUCGGCCAAUAAAGCAAGAUGAGCGCCGCAACCCCAGAGUCGGUCACGACUGGACCUAAUAGUCAGGGGUCCCUUUACCUUUACCUAUCAUAACCCCUCCUUACUUACUCCCCGCCCCCCACCAAUAAAAAGCUCCAAAUAUUGCAACCUUUCCUCAUAGGGGAGUUGCUCCAGCCCCUUGAUGGUUUUUGUAUACUUUUUGAGGUUUGGUGACCAUUAUUACACAUCAUUGAAAUUGCAGGUAUGCCAUAGAUCUGGAUAAUGGCUUUAUGACAUGGGCAGCUUUAUUUUCAAUCCCUUCCCUAGCAAUCCCUAAUUUACCCUUUUCACAGCUGUCACAUCCUGGGUCGAUAUUUUUAUUGAGCUGCCCACCCCUGCCCCCACCACAUUUCCUUCUUGUGCUGCCUCAGAGGGGUUCCCAGCCUCCUGGAGCAGAUUUUUAGAGGGCACCCGAGGCUGCAAGGAGACGUUGGUCAGAGUUGCAGGCAGAACUCUAUAUUCAGGAUGCUCCCACCACGUGAGCACACCCAGGAUCCCAGCCAAAACCAUUAGUUUUGUGAAUAUGCUAUCAAGUCCUACUAUGUGAAUAUAAAUGGAAGUUUUCUGCCCUUUGAUUUCAGCUAGAUGCUGGUGUGCCAGAAAAAAUAAGCCUCAUUUCCAGAGAUGAGAAGAGUGUACUUGUGGUGACGUAUAGUGACCUAAAACGCUGCUUUGAAAAUACUUUUCAAGAACUGAUUGCAGCCGCGAACGGCCAGUUGUAGUACUUGCUGAAAGCAUGCAGGACGUUGCUGAAGAACAUAACUAAUAGCAAAUUGCACUACAGCUGAUUGUCGUCAUCUCAUUUCACAUUUUGGGAAACAAAACAGCAGGAGAUGUUGCACUUCAGUCAGGUACACUGUUACUUGAAGGGAAGAAUGUUUUUGCUUACCCUUGAGCUCUGGCUGCCAUUGGAGGCUUUAUCUGUGAAGAAUUUAUUUUAAAAUAAGGAACGCAUCAGGAGUAUGAUGUUCCUGCUUUUAUUUUUUCCACUCGUAUAUGCACUAAUUUUAAUUUUUUAAAGACUUUUCUGAUCUCUGAUGUUUUGCCACAUUGGAUACUUACUAAGGGAAUCUCUUUGCAAGGACAUUUCUGGGAUUUUUAUUUUAUUUUUUGCCACUGAAUAUACUGCGGAAUUUAUUUGUUUUGAUAUUAUUUGCACCCCAGAAUACUAUAAAGGACCAGGUGAAUAAUUUCAUAGAAAUUGUGUUCUGUAAAUUUACAGUGUAGCUUGUAACCUCUGUAAAACUGUGUCUUAUGCCACCCACUGUUAGGUUCACCAAUCAAAACCAGAAGAUGCAUAUUUUUUUAAAAAGGAAGAAAAAAAUCAAGUUGGGUAUUAUAGAAAUCUCACAUGUAAAAUCCCCUUUUAUUUGGCUGAAGCUUUGUCUAAGCAAAGCAGCACCAUUUUGAGAUCUGUAACUUUGAGAGCAUAUCCCAGUUGCUCUAAACACAACCAGCGCCUUUUAAAUAAAAUACCUGUUUGUAUAUUUUACUGCUAGUCAGAUGCAUUCACAUUUAUGCAAUUUUUAAUAGAAUUUUUAAAAGGAAUUGUGUUACAGACCUGAGGAUUCGGGAGUUUAUUCAUUUAAUUUACUUAUGGUAUCCUUUUUUUGUAUAAAGUUUUGUUCUUUGAACCACAGCUUUAUUAUGGUACUUUACACUGGAUACAGAUACAAAGACACUGUUUGGAAGAUUAACUACACACAGCAGUUGUCUGGCAUCAAGAGCUUUUCAAGUUUUAUAGCCUGAUUCUGGAAGAAUGGUGGUCUGCUGUGCCUUUGCAGUCACUGCUUAGCCCAAAGUAAUAUUACUUUUGAUAAUACUCAACACAUGAAUAUUCAGUCUUCAAGCCUGGGAUUUCUUUCCCCGCAAUUAACUUUCUGAUAUUGGACCUGCAUUUGUCCGCAAGCUUGGGUAUUCAAGGGAAUUUGUAGUGGAACACCUACACUUUGAUACUGAAGACUGCCAAAUACGUAUAAUUUCCCCCCUUUCUUAAAGCAGUAGUGAAGACUGUAUAUCUGCUUCCUUUUCCCAGCACUGAAUGUUUUAAUAGCACUGGGUGCUCACCAUGAAGACAAUGUGGAAACUCUCUCCAAAGGGUGUCAGGACAGACUCAAAGCACUUGCAACUGAUGUUACUGGCACCCAUUUUAUUAAUUCUCAAUAUUUGUAAUUUCAGGUGAAUUUUUAAUAAUUCUGUCCAGUUUUAUAAGCUUUAAUGAUGACACUCCUUUAGAUUUGCCUCAAGGAAAGCAGUGCUCUUCAGAAGGAAGGCUGUGGAAGACUAGGGACACCUGUUGCGCCUCUAAAUGAGAAAUUGCAGAGCCUGCGGUUUGGUAGCAUAAAUAAAAUCAGUUGUUUUAUCUGGAAAAAAAUUUAAACGGAGCAUAAUGUUUAAUAUUGAGAAGAUAACAGUUGCCACACUGUUGUUCUUUUUUUUAAUGUCCAAAGGAACAGGGACUUUGAGAUACGAACCUGGCAACCAGUCUUUUAUCAUUCGCUCAUGUAUAUGAGGAAGAGCAGCUGUCUUUUUAUAUGUUUUUGAAAAAUCAUAUUGUAAUUCUUUUGUACAAAAAGUAGUACUUGUAUUCUAGAAGAAAUAUUGAAUGCUUAAUUUAUAUGCGGGCUGAGGCUUUUUCUUUUCUUUUCCCCACUGUUGUUUUCUUUGAAAAUGAAAGGGAUCAUCUCUUCAGUUGCGGGAACUGGGAACCUUUGACAGAUUAUUUUGUGGACCAAUAUUUUGGGGAAAGCAAAAGCAAGGGGGGGGGUGUUUGUAAUGCAGGGCCUUCAGUCUCAUCCUUGCUGUACCAACAAGCCCACCUCUGAAACGGCAAGUUGCAUUUUGCUUAUUUGUCUCAUUCUGUAAGUGUACAUUGCUUUAGCCCCAGUAAUCUCAGGACUUGGUUUAAGGUUAAAAAAAUAAUAAUAAUUUUGAAAAAGAGAGCAGAGAGCCAAUAAGUUUCCAUAAGUAAACGCCAUCCAAGAAAUUUCUGCUGUUGGGUAAUGCAUAGAACAAUGUGGAGUAUUGUUUGUUUUUAUUUGGUCUGUGUUUUGGAAUUUUCUGCUUUGGUGUUUUUUUGGGGGAGAGCCCUUCUACUCCAAUAUAAUUCCAUUUAGAAGGCUGUCCAGAAACUAGCAUGUUCCAUUCAUUGGAAGAGUUAUGUAUGUAAUCCCUAAAACAGCGCAGCAAUGUUUUUCUUAAACAAGGCAUACUUUUUUCAUGCGGGGAAAUGAUUCUGACCUUCCUAUCUCUACAGCUGAAAGCACAGAAAGGACAACCUUUUGAAAUCAUGUGAUGUUAGUCCAUUUAAAUUUUCUUACCUGUUCUUAGGUUGCUUGUUUGGGUUUUUGUUUUUGCUACACUGUAAAUACUUUAUUCGGGGUACAUAAUGUCUUUCUUUUCCUUCUAAUUUUCCCUUGUUCCAGUAAAGUUUUAGACGUGAACAGCUUCCCCUAAAAAGCACCAGUGUUACAUUCUGAUGUCAUGAUCCCACUCUGUGUUACCUUUUAAUCUUGUUUUUCAUUCUUUUCAUGUGUACAGCAGUAUUUUUAAUAAAGAAUACCAGAAAUAACACAGCCUUCUUUUGAGCAUGC